UUGAUCAGGGCCCAGUGCACUAUGUAGGGAAUAGGGUACCAUUUGGGAUGGUGCCAUAGAGAAUAAGACCAUUCAGCUGCUGCUAUUUACACCUCCUCCUCCUCCUCCUCCUCCUCCUCCAUAUCUUAAUGGGGCACCCUCAAAUGAGAAUUGCUGGACAGGGAUUCUGAAAUGACAAUAACAUUUAUCACUCCUGUACACCUUUAUGUCUAUUUAUGUCUAAGGGAUGUUUCGCACGAAAACAGUGGCUAACUGUGUGUGUGUGUAUAUGUGUGUGUGUGUGUGUCUGUCUGUCUGUCUGCCCCUACAGGUGGCUGGAGUGUGUGGGCGGAGUGGGCGGAGUGCAGCAGUGACUGUGGUGGUGGCGUUCAGACCCGGAGCCGUACCUGUCAAUCCCCCUCGGAGGAGUCAUACCUGUGUGAGGGAGUACUGGAGGAGGGAAGGCCCUGUAACCCUCAGCCCUGCAGUGGUGAGCUUGACAAAGACCCUGCCCGAACCUGUGUGUGCGUACAUGUGUGUGUAUGUGUGUGUUUUGUUUCUGUGUGUGCGUGAGUGCGUGCAUGGGUGUGCAUAAGUGGGCACGCGCGUGUGUCUGUGUGUGUGGAUUAGUGAUGCGCGGGUUGACUCAUGAACCGCAGUCCCCGCGGUUAUAUCCCCGCGGUUAUGUCCCCGUGGUUAUAUCCCUGCGGUUAUGUCCCCGCGGGGAGGGCGGGCUUAGGCCACGACAUAUUGUGUAGAUGAAGGGCGGGUGGGUGGAAGCGGAUUGAAUAAAGAGAAAACAAAUCCAUAAAUGUAUAAUUCUUGUGUAAUUUCUAUUUAUAGGCUAGAUUGAGGUUUUUCUUUCAUUAUUUUAGGCUAUCUGGCAUUAGUGCAUAAACCUAAGCUUUAGGGCCUAGCAGUACAUGAGCCAAAUAGCCUACACACCAAUCACCUAAUGCUUUUGGGAACAGGCACAAAAAGGGGAAUUCUACCACAGAGGAAAAAAGGGGACAUUGUGGGGAAGUUUUUUUUUCAAUUAGCCAAAAGUGUAAAAAUGGGAGGGUUAAAAAAGGGGGAAAGAAAAAAAAGAAGGGAGGGGAAAAAAGGAAAAAAAAAGUAAUGUUUUGGCCGGGGAAAGUUUGAUUUUUUUUGGGUUUGAAAAAGAAAAAAGAAGAUGUUUAACCCGUGCGGGGGGGAUGUUGUUUUGUUUUCAUGAUGGGGCGUUUUAUAUAAGUUUGACAGUCCCCAAAGAUGGGGGAUUCAAAUGGCCUAAGGAAAAAAUUGGGGGAAACCCUGUAGCCUAUUGUUAAAGAGGGUUUAAAGGAAUUUUGAAAAAAUCUGUCCAUUUGGGGGUGUAGGUCUUUUAACCUUUCCCCUAGCCUUAAUUAAAUUUUCCGGGCAGAAUAAAGGGCAUUUUCUUGCGGGGGGGGAAAAAAAUAUGUUUUUUAUUUUUUUGACCCACCCUUGGGAGAAAUUUAAAAAUGCGCGUGUUAGAUACCUUUCCUGUGAGGUGGUUUAUUUUUAUCAGAAAUUCAUAAAAAGCUGGAUUUUGUUUCAAUUAGAAAAAAAUAUGCACCCAAACCCCCAAAUGAAAUUUAUCUGAAAAAAGGGGUUGGGGGUUUUUUUAACAGCUUUUUUUUUCCCUUAAAAAACCGGCCCAAAAUUUGAUUUUUUUCUUUGGGGAAAAUUUUGCACGGGAAAAUCUUUCCCUUUUUUUUUUUUCUUUUGGCUUUUUAUCCGGGCCCUCCCUAAACGUUGUUGUUUCGUGAAAAAAAAAAAAGAAAAAAGAGAUCACAGGAACUUUACUGAUGUAAAAAACGGGAUUUAAAGGGCCCAUUCAUUCUAUCGAUUUAGGGACUUUUUUGGGUGGGGCGGGCGGGUUUUUUUUUUAGUCUUUUUUAGGACAACAUAUAAGACGAAGGGGAAGCUGCAUGUUUUAAAUUUUAAGGGGAACGGGUUGAUAACAACUAGCCAAAACCAACUGUCAAAAAAAAUUAUUAAAGCAAAAAAAAAACAUAUUCUAAAAAAGGAAAAAAAAAACCCUUUGAAACCCACGGGUAAAAAAAAAAUUUUCCUUCCUUUUGCCCACUUUUUGGAGCACCCCCCAAAUGAGAAUUGCGGGACGGGGAAAUUUCUGAAAAAAAACAAUAAAAUUUAUCACCCUUACACUAAAUAUAGACAUUUGGACUAAAAAAAAUAAAAAUCCCAAAAAGGUUUUUGGAAAAUUUUUAAAAGCAAAAAAACAAUCUAAUCGGGGGUAAAAAAAAAAAAAAUUCCUUUUUAAACCCCUUGCCCCAAAAAAUAUUUAUAAGUUUCUUUAUAGGUAGAUGAGGUUUUCUUUCAUUAUUUUAGGCUAUCUGGCAUUAGUGCGUAAACCUAAGCUUUAGGGCCUAGCAGUACAUGAGCCAAAUAGCCUACACACCAAUCACCUAAUGCUUUUGGGAACAGGCACAAAAAGUUAACAUCUAUCCACAGAGGCAAAAAGGACAUUGUCAAAGUUUAAUUCAAUUAGACAAAAGCUGUGAAAUGGAGAGUUGAAAAUGAAGAGAAGGGAGGGUCAGAAAAGUCAUGUUUGGGAAAGAUUUGAUGAAGUGGUGAAAGAAGAUGAUAGCAGUGUCAUGAUUGUGGGGCGCUAUAUACAGUGGGGGAAAAAAGUAUUUAGUCAGCCACCAAUUGUGCAAGUUCUCCCACUUAAAAAGAUGAGAGAGGCCUGUAAUUUUCAUCGUAGGUACACGUCAACUAUGACAGACAAAUUGAGAUUUUUUUUCUCCAGAAAAUCACAUUGUAGGAUUUUUUAUGAAUUUAUUUGCAAAUUAUGGUGGAAAAUAAGUAUUUGGUCAAUAACAAAAGUUUCUCAAUACUUUGUUAUAUACCCUUUGUUGGCAAUGAAACAGGUCAAACGUUUUCUGUAAGUCUUCACAAGGUUUGCACACACUGUUGCUGGUAUUUUGGCCCAUUCCUCCAUGCACAUCUCCUCUAGAGCAGUGAUGUUUUGGGGCUGUCGCUGGACAACACAGACUUUCAACUCCCUCCAAAGAUUUUCUAUGGGGUUGAGAUCUGGAGACUGGCUAGGCCACUCCAGGACCUUGAAAUGCUUCUUACAAAGCCACUCCUUCGUUGCCCGGGCGGUGUGUUUGGGAUCAUUGUCAUGCUGAAAGACCCAGCCACGUUUCAUCUUCAAUUCCCUUGCUGGUGGAAGGAGGUUUUCACUCAAAAUCUCAUGAUACAUGGCCCCAUUCAUUCUUUCCUUUACAGGUAUCAGUCGUCCUGGUCCCUUUGCAGAAAAACAGCCCCAAAGCAUGAUGUUUCCACCCCCAUGCUUCACAAUAGGUAUGGUGUUCUUUGGAUGCAACUCAGCAUUCUUUGUCCUCCAAACACGACGAGUUGAGUUUUUACCAAAAAGUUCUAUUUUGGUUUCAUCUGACCAUAUGACAUUCUCCCAAUCCUCUUCUGGAUCAUCCAAAUGCACUCUAGCAAACUUCAGACGGGCCUGGACAUGUACUGGCUUAAGCAGGGGGACACGUCUUGCACUGCAGGAUUUGAGUCCCUGGCGGCGUAGUGUGUUACUGAUGGUAGGCUUUGUUACUUUGGUCCCAGCUCUCUGCAGGUCAUUCACUAGGUCCCCCCGUGUGGUUCUGGGAUUUUUGUUAACCGUUCUUGUGAUCAUUUUGACCCCACGGGGUGAGAUCUUGCGUGGAGCCCCAGAUCGAGGGAGAUUAUCAGUGGUCUUGUAUGUCUUCCAUUUCCUAAUAAUUGCUCCCACAGUUGAUUUCUUCAAACCAAGCUGCUUACCUAUUGCAGAUUCAGUCUUCCCAGCCUGGUGCAGGUCUACAAUUUUGUUUCUGGUGUCCUUUGACAGCUCUUUGGUCUUGGCCAUAGUGGAGUUUGGAGUGACUGUUUGAGGUUGUGGACAGGUGUCUUUUAUACUGAUAACAAGUUCAAACAGGUGCCAUUAAUACAGGUAACGAGUGGAGGACAGAGGAGCCUCUUAAAGAAGAAGUUACAGGUCUGUGAGAGCCAGAAUUCUUGCUUGUUUGUAGGUGACCAAAUACUUAUUUUCCACCAUAUUUUGCAAAUAAAUUCAUUAAAAAUCCUACAAUGUGAUUUUCUGGAUUAUUUUUUCUCGAUUUGUCUGUCAUAGUUGACGUGUACCUAUGAUGAAUAUUACAGGCCUCUCUCAUCUUUUUAAGUGGGAGAACUUGCACAAUUGGUGGCUGACUAAAUACUUUUUUUCCCCACUGUAAGUUCGACAGUCAUAAAAUGGGGACUUCAAAUAGGCCUAAGGCACGUCAAUUGAACUGUAGCCUACUGUUCAGAUGGGUUAAAUGGAAUCUGAAAUCUGUCCAUUGACUGUAGGUCUAUAACCUCUCACAUAACCUUAAUAUGAAUUCCUGCAGAAUCAAGCAUUUCUUGCAGUAAAAUGUUACACCCAAUGCAGGGUGGAGAAAUAUGUUUUAUUUAUUUGAGCAUCUUGAGAGAAUUUGAAUGCGCUGUUAGAUGCCGUCUGUAGAGGUGCUAUCUUUAUCAGCAUCAUAAAAGCUGAUAGUGUUUCAAUUAGAUAAAAUAUGCAUCCAAGCCAAAUGGAAAUCUUAUCUGAAAAAUGUUGGGUCGUUUUCACAGCUUUCUAGUUCCUUACAACCGGUCAAACUGAUGUCAUUUGGAAAUUUUGCACAGAAAAUCUGUCCCUUUUUGUUUUUGUUAUUGCAUUUUAUCCCCGGUCCCUAAACGUUGUUGCUCCGUGAAAGAAACAGAGAUCACAGAGAAUUUAACUGAUGUCAACUAGAUUGAGGCAUUAAUUCUAUUGAUUUAUGACAUUAUUCUGGUGAGCAGCGGGUUUAUUUAGUCUUCUAGGACAACAUAUAAUGACAGAAGAGAAGCUGCAUGUAUCUAAUAAUAGACAGUUGACUAACAAAUAGCCUACCAAAAUGUUGGAAAUUAUAAAGCAGAAACAUAUCUAAAUCAGGCAAAAAAAAUCCUGCACCCCCUGUCAAAAAAUCCUCGUCCUCUUCCACAUCUUAAUGGAGCACCCGCAAAUGAGAAUUGCUGGACAGGGAUUCUGAAAUGACAAUAUCAUUUAUCACUCCUGUACACUAAUUAUAGACAGUUGAGUAACAAAUAGCCUACCAAAAUGUCUGAAAUUAUAAAGCAGAAACAUAUCUAAAUCAGGCAACAAAAAGAUCCUGCACCCCCUGUCAAAAAAUUGUUCCGCCGUCUCUGACUGUAGCCUAUAACACAUUUUCUAUAUUAGCGGGUUAGGGACGGGUGCGGGCCUCAGAUUUUCACUUUAUCACAUAUAGUCGGGCGGUUGCAGAUCGGUUAUUAGCAAUUGAGGACGGGUGCGUGUGAACAAACAACUGACCUGCGCACCAUUAGUGUCCUCCUGAAUCUAAAUAUGUCUGUUUCUCUUUGACUCUCUCUCUCUCUCUCGUUCUUCUUCUCUCAAUCCAAUUUCUGUGUUAUCUUUUCCUUUAUUCCCUCCACUCUCUUCCGUCCAACAAGUAAAUAUUGUGAUGCAAGGAGUACAUGUUGGAAAGGGGACUUUGAUCGAUGCUAUUAUUUAAAGACAUAGUUAACCAUUUCUCAAGGCAAAUACAGAAGCAUAACUCUUAAGAAAGAGAUUGAAGAAAAUUGAUACUUCUCAGUGAGCAAGAAUCCCUCACACUGCAUGUGCAUAUAAUCAAUUUAUAGAAGUAAGGACAUGUGUGAAUAGGGCUUCCAAUAGCUCUAUAUCACCCUUCCAGUCUUCAUAACUAUAGAUGUUUUGAUAGAUUGUGAUCAAUGUCAGAAUUCCAUGUUCUUAUUCCAACUGUUUGAGCAAUAACAAUCACGGUUCCAAAGACAAAAAAGACAGCGAGACAUACAGUAAAUACACAUAAACACAAUCACACACCACACCUGGUUUACCAUUACAAAAUUCCCAAGUUUGGCUGAUGCUCUUCUGGGUGACCAAUCACGUCACGGUUGUGUCCUAAAAACAAAAUGCCAUUGGUGGUUAAGUUGCUAACCCCUCCCCCCCUGGCCUUGCCCCACCCCUCUAGGCAAAGGCCGUCAUCUCUCUCGCAGCCAAUCACUUCGCUCCGUGGACAGCCGCAAGCGCGAUGGCGGCGGUGGCGAUGUAGACAAGACGCGGGGCGGUGGCGGCGGACAGCAGGCCCCACAGACAGGUAAGACAACAGGACGCAGAGGGAGCCCAUGCAUCAGUCACUAACAGCCGCUUGGGUCACUGACCUACCUGCACAGAACAGAUCACACAGGACCACCUCCUACCAUUAUAGUCUGUCACUGCACCAAGGUUAUAGCUAGCUAUCCUGAAUUCCCUCCCUCACAUAGGCCUGUACAUCAAUCAAAAUCUCCCAAACUCUUUCUUGCCUAAGUGCCACGGCACUAAUUCCAACAUGGACCCUGUAAUAAAUUGGGUGAAACUGUUUUGUUGUUUUGUUGUUUUGUGAGGUCAUGAAUUUAGCUGCUAUAAUGGAGAUUGUGUCCUGUCUUGAUAAGUCCUUCCUCUCUAUGAAUGAUGCCUCUGCUGAAUUAGCGAAUCAGGUCCCUCUGUUCAGCUCCCCUCACCCCUGCUUCCCCCAUUGGACAGCCAUGACUGACCAGCUUUUCCCAUUGGCCAGACUAGGCUUGACUGACUGACCGGGUCUACUGAAUGCAUUGGGCAGUCAUGGCAGCCAGGGAAAUGAUUGACGUAUCCAGUAGCCAAUGGAAUUGCCUUCGCCUGUAUAUCAAGUCAAUGCUAAGGAAAUGGAAUCAGAGCCAAUAGAGCCUGGCAGCACAGAAUCUCCCUUACAUCAAACCAUGCCACGCCCCCUCCUAUUUUGGCCAAUGGGAGGCUAUUCCUGCAUGAUAAUUAGUUUCGGCCCUCUCCUCCCCCCUCCACCCUGGACCAUCCCUUCCCUCCCUCCCUCCCUCCCUCCCUCCCCCUCAGUGGACCAGGCUGCGUCAGGUGAGGAGUGGUCAUCGUGGAGUGUGUGUUCGGCCACGUGCGGUGAAGGCUGGCAGAGCCGCACACGUUUCUGUGUCUCCUCCUCCUACAGCACCCAGUGCAGCGGCCCGCUCCGAGAGCAGAGGCCCUGCAACAACUCUGCCGUCUGUCCAGGUAAGCUAAGCCCCCCCUCGGCUGCCUCCCUGCUGCCCCUCGUCUCCAGCACUCUCCUGGCCCCGCUCUCGCAUACAAGCCCUCCUCUCUCUCCCUGAUGAUCUCUACCCCUUCUUCCCACUGAACAACUCCAUGGCCUGGAUGUCUAUAGCCCUAUACAAAGCCUCUUUAGAAGCCUCUGCCUUAGAGAGAUGGGCAUGGGGCUUACCUGCCAAGCAGCAGAAUAGUUAUUCUGAUGCCCAACUUCCUUGUGAUGUCUUUUACCCAACCUCUCUGUGCAAUGCAUCCUGGGGCUUCUCUUACCUAACAGAAAAUAACGGUCCAGACCAGGACUUUAAUAUGGAACUAUGCAGGUGAACACAUUAAACACUGAAAUAAGGUUAGAGAGGUCUACACAGGAGAACCAUGCAGGCCUGAGAGAAGGAUGUUUGUGACGGCAUUAUGGCAACAGGCUGGUUUGUAUCAUAGAGUGUUUGAUGUUGACGUGUUUUGUAGUUGAUGUUGUUGUUGUUGUUGUCGUGGUGAAGGUAUGUGUGGUUCUCUCUAUAAAUCAUACCCUAGCCGCUCUGAUUGCAGUGCACGGGGCUUGGGAUGAGUGGUCGCCAUGGAGCUUGUGUUCGUCAACCUGUGGCCGUGGUUACCGGGAUCGCACGCGCAGCUGCAAGCCCCCUCAGUUUGGGGGAGACCCCUGUAUGGGGCCGGAGAAACAGACUAAGUUCUGCAACAUCGCUGUCUGCCCAGGUGAGAUUACACAGAUUUCUUACUGGAUUCUUACUCAGCUGCGUCCGAAAUGACACCCUAUUCCCUACUCUUGACAACUUCAGUCAUCAUGGCAGUCACCUCUACAGUCAUAUACAGAGACAAAUUAUCCCUGUGAAGGUCAUGUGAAAAGCUUCUUGUUUAUGCAUGAAGGAUGAAUAAAAGCCUGUACAAUGUUGCAUUAUGCACACAGAGACAUAGACAAAGUAAUACAUGGAAAGAAGUAACCUAGAUCUCUCUCUCUCUCUCUCUCUCUCUCUCUCUCUCUCUCUCUCUCUCUCUCUCUCUCUCUCUCUCUCUCUGCUGUCCCAGUUGAUGGAGUUUGGAAUGAGUGGGCUAAUUGGGGUACUUGCUCUGCGUCCUGCUCCAACGGGACCAUGCAGCGGAUCAGGGAGUGUAACGGACCUUCGUACGGAGGAUCAGAGUGUCGCGGGGAGUGGAUAGAGACCAGAGACUGUUUCCUACGGGAGUGCCCAGGUAACAUCUGCUGUCAAAACUCUGUAGAAGUUGCCCACAGGCACAGAUCUAGGAUCAGUUCAGUGUACGCCAAUCCUGAUCUUAACCAUUAGGGGGAGGGGAAUGCAAAACUGACCUUAGAGCUGUGAUCUGUGUCUUAGUGGAGGGGAAGUGGCAUCCGUGGACGUCGUGGGUGGGCUGCACCAAGACAUGUGGCGGGGGGAGCCAACAGAGACAGAGGAUUUGCUAUGGGCCCUUCUUUGGGGGUGAAGAUUGUCCUGGGGAUCGUGAGGAGGUGCGACGCUGCAAUGAGAAGAGGUGUCCAGGUGAGUAGUCAGGACACAGUCAUGGAAAGGUGUGCUCUUAAUCAAUCGAUCAAUCAGAUGUCACAAAGUGCUUGUACAGAAACCUAGCCUAAAACCCCAAAGAGCAAGCAAUGCAGAUGUAGAAGCACAGUGUCUAGGAAAAACUCCCUAGAAAGGCAGGAACAUAGGAAGAAACCUAGAGAGGAACUAGGCUCUGAGGGGUGGCCAGUCCUCUUCUGGCUUUGCCGGGAUGGAGAUUAUGAGGCCAGAUCGUUCUUCAAGAUGUUCAAACGUUCAUAAAUGACCAGCAGGGUCAAAUAAUAAUCACAGUGGAAGUCGAGGGUGCAAAAGGUCAGCAGGUCAGAGUAAAUGUCAGUUGGCUUUUCAUAGCCGAGCAUUCAGAGGUCAAGACAGCAGGUGCGGUAGAGAGGGAGAGAGAGAGAGGGGGAGAGAGAGAAUACCAAUGACAGUUCAGCUAAAGACUUAGAAUACUAGCACUCAUCUCCUUCAGAGCUGCAAUCUGCCAUCUGUCAUUUUUUAUUAUACAAUACAUAUCUCAUAUUAUACAGUACCUAUCUUGCUUUCCAAAUAUAUUAAUAUCUUCCUCUUUUGUCAAAAUCAAAACAUAUUUGGGUCAUUCCACUAAAUGAGUGUCCUUUGAUGUUUUAAGUAGAAAUUAUGCACCAAUAUUGCAUUAAAAAAAAACGAUUAUAUUAAAGCUGAAAUCCUUAGUUGCUACGUCCAUUUUUGGACGUAUAAAUUAAUGAUAUAUACCCAUUGAGCUUAGUUCAACUGUCGUACCCCAUCAGAACCGAAAAUAUAAGCUUGUUUUACUCCAAUGUAUGUAAACAAUAUAAAUGUAAACAAAUACUUUAUAGCCUCAAAACAUGGUUAAAAGUAUAAUUUUCAUAUCAUGGUUAAUCAGUCCUAGCAUUCAUAGCUCUGUCUAUGAAUUUGAGAGUGGUUACAUUUCUCCAGGCCAAUCCCUCAGCUUUUUACCAAAACAGUGGCGGGAUGUCCACUUUGUUAUUGUUUCAAUGAAGGAUUUUUGCUUUAAAUGAAGUGCCCUUUAAUAUAGACCACAUGGAGAAUUCAAUCAAUCUGAUUUUGAAUAUGAAAAAGGCUUGCUAAAGUGCCAAAAUUCAGCAUUUUGACACGUCCUCCGUCAACCCUGUGUCAAUUCUAGGAAGAGUUCAACCCACUUAUUCCCAAAUUUCUCCAAGUUUCACCAUCAUUGUAAAGCCUUAGUUCUUUUGUUGCUUUGACAAAGUCAUUUCUGAAGAUUAUUAUUUAUUUCAUGUGAUUAGUGUCCCUCAUUCUAAGGUCAACCCUGUUACGUGAACUGAACUCUUGUUUUAAUGUGAUAAAACUAUUCCUUUAAAAAAUAAUAAUCAAAAUAAAUAUAAUCAAAUCAUAGUGUAAAAGCAGGUGAGCUGGUUCAACUGUUUUUGGCCAUUUUCUGGUGUUUUGUGACGGAAAACUGAGUGGGUCAAGCAUAACACGUCAACCCUGUUACCCAUAGAUAGACAGGCUAGAAUUGUUUUGGGUGAAGCUUGCAUUUAAUUACCACUCCCUGUUGCACACAAAAAGCUUCCAUUCCUCCUGUCACAGGGGCUGAUUUAAGAGGAAACCCUGUUACUUUAUUUGGCACUUAAUAGUCUUUUUUUAUUUCACCUCUUGAGAUGGGAAUACGUGAACAUGUGCUCUUUAUGACAGAAUGUACAAAUUUUGUGAAAUAUAUAUAUUUAUUUUUACCAAGUUACACUUCUGAAAAGGCACUGAAUCGGUGGACGACCCAUUUGACACUCUGAUUGGUGGAAUACUGAUGUUUACUCUGAUUGAUUUUGGUGCAGAGCCUCAUGAGAUCUGUGCAGAGGAGAACUUCUCCAACGUAGUGUGGAAGAUGACUCCAGCAGGAGACACAGCAGCUGUACGCUGCCCUCCUAAUGCCAAUGGUGAGCUACCGCCCUUUUACCCUGAGACAUAGCUCCAAUGGCUUCAGACGUUAGACGCCAUAAGAGUCUACGGCAAUGUCUCAGAGCAAACCCUUACUAACCUCCCUGAUCUACACCUAGCCAGAGGAAUAUCCAUAAGACAUGGCCUGGCUUAGGAUGGGUUAGGCCUCUAGGAUCCCCAGGCUUUAGGGAUGUUAACUCCCCACUCUGUGUCCCCAUCCAGGGCUGAUCCUGAGGCGGUGCACCCUGGAUGAUGAGGGAAUAGCCUACUGGGAGAACCCCACUUAUAUGAAGUGUAUCUCCAAUGACUACCGCAGCAUCCAAACACUGGUGAGUACCAGAGAGAUGAUCAAUGAUAGAAAACUGUACUCUUGUACUUUACAUCUGAAAACAGAAGCUACAAAGUGCCCAGAGGCUGCCAUUUGAGAUCAUUUACCUGCUCAGUUCACGUUUCCCCCCCAAGACAUCCCAUUGGGCACAGACGUCAAUUCAACGUCUUUUCCACGUUGGUUCAACAAAAUUUCAUUGAAAUGACAUGGAAACAAUGUUGAUUCAACCAGUGUGUGACCAGUGGGAUGUUACUAACAAAUCACAAAUGGUCAAGACCAAAUUAAGAAGACAGACAGGAAAUGUAUGUUAGUUUAAGUUCAGCCAAUUUUACUAAUAAGUGAGUUGAUCAGAAGAUCAACUCUAUUCAGUGGUGAUAUUUUCUGAGUGUUUCACUCAUACCUUUCCUCCCCAGACUCGGGAACACCUGUCCAAGGCCCAGCGGGGGCUUGUGGGGGAUGGAGUUUCAGAGGUGAUGACCAAGCUCAGGGUAACGUCCAGCGAUGGGACCAGCUACAGCGGAGACUUGCUGGCCAUAGUGGACGUGCUGAAGAACAUGACAGAGAUCUUCAGAAGGGCUUACAACAGCCCCAGCCAAUGCAGACAUGAGAGUAAGGGGAGGGAGCAUUUGUUUUGGAUUGGAAGUUUGGGUUUGGGUUUGGGACAGGGCUACGUUUAGAAUUGUCAUCAUUGCUUUGACUGGUGUUAAUUAAAUGGUUGGAGUGAAUGUUUGUAAUAGGUCAAUUGAUGGUUAAUGGUGUAGAGUAAUGUCUCAUGGCCUCUUCUCUCCCUUUCUCUUCAUUCUCUACUGGAUCACAGAACUUUGUUCAGUCAGUCAGUAACCUGCUGAUGGAGGAGAACAGAGAGAGAUGGGAAGAAGCACAACUGGUGAGUUGGUCAUUCUCUCUUCUUCUCACAGACUCACUCGCACAUCUUUAGGCACACACGUGAGCUAGCAUGCAUGGUCACAGUUUGUGUUCUUUCUUAAUGUGUGUCAGCCAUGUGAUGUAUGGAGAUCAUUUCAAUGACUAUUCUCUGGUGCCUUUGUGUCUAGCCGUCGGCAUCUUAGUGACAUCAUGGCAGUCUCCCGGGAUGUUGGAUGGGUGUGACUGGAUAAACAGAUAAGAGUGGGUAGGUGUUGGGGGAGAUCAGAGGAAACAAAUAGGGGGGAAGGGAAUAAAGAGUGAGGAGUUGGUGCGAGAGAUGACGCAUAGAAAAAGAGAAAAAAUGAGAUCAUCGAGUCCUCUGUAUCUCUAGUUAGAUCUUCUCUCUCCUUCUCUCUCUACUCUCUCUCUCUCUCUCUCUCUCCUCUCUCUCUCAUCUCCUCCUGUCUCCCCCUUUUCUCUCUCUCUUAGUUGGGUCCUAACAUAAAGGAGCUGUUCCGGUUGGUGGAAGACUUCGUGGACGUGUACGGUCUUAGGAUGAAAGACUUCCAGGACAUGGUUGAGGUCACCGACAACCUAGGUAAGCAUUUUCCUUUGACCCCUGUCUCUUCGGCUAUAUCUGAAAAUAUUGCUUCCUCUGUCCUUGUGUCCUCAAUUCUUCUCAAAUUGCAUGUCCUGAAUUCCUCUCAAAGCUCAUUGGAGGAGGUGGUCCGAGAGAGGGACUUUGGAUCCUCUCCUCCAAUGCGCUUUGACAGGAAUUGUGGAAACAAGGAUGGAGAAAGCAAGGAUUCGAUGGCUAGUAAUGUUUUCAGACAGCUGAGCCUUUGUUUGUUCAAUGUGGACUUUUCCUAUUGAACUAUGUGUUUUUCUUCCAGUUAAUACUAGGCCUUUAGGCCAUGGUGGAAAAGCAGGGAUAGCCACAUUGGCAGUAUUUCAGAGCUGGAUAAUCUGAAUUGGAUAUACACCCAGCCAGGACACUAGGGGAUUUCAUCUGUUAGUGUUGUGUCUGAUGUGUGUGGAUUUCACUGGUUCAGUCAGUUCAGUCUCUCUAUGUCUUUUGGAAUCAGAACAGAGGGUGUGAGCAAGGAGGUCUAAAUAUUGCCAUUCCCCCUGGGUACCACCCACGGACCAAACAGGGCUAUAGAACAGAUAUCUUGGGCUGUUCCCACUGGGCACACACUGGUUGAAUCAACGUUGUUUCCACGUCAUUUCAAUGGAAAUACGUUGAACCAAUUUACGUCUGUGCCCAGUGGGAACAGAGCCUAAAAUCACACUCACAAUCUGCUCAGUUCCAGACCAGUGACUGUGAACUUCUGCUUACACAUACACAUGCGCACACACACACACACACACAAGCUCUUGCGUGCACAGACACACACACAAACACAGUGUCUGUGAACUUCUCUGUUUCACGCAGAAUGUAAUAUUUGUAAAACAAACAGCAUCACGCAAGCAGGCGCUUGGCUUCUCGCUGACCUGCAGAUAAACAUGGCACAGUGUGUACAGGGAGGUCUGUAGCUGGCGUGUCUGGGGAGUGUGUGGGGGAGUGGAGGGGCCAGCCGUAAGGUGCUGUUUAUAGCGCUGCCCAGCCCGCUGCCCGCCUCGCUGUCUGCAUUGCAGCCGAACUUCCACCCACAUCCACCGCCACACCACUCCUAGUUACUGACCUCACACUCCCUGAGUCCUACACACCUCACACACACAGAGAGAGAGAGAGAGAGAGAGAGAGAGAGAGAGAGAGAGAGAGAGAGAGAGAGAGAGAGAGAGAAUAAACAAGUUAGUUAUUACUGUAUUUAGAUAGCUAUAAUUUAAAUAUGUACACAGUGAGAAAGAAGAGGUUGGUCAAACAAAUGGCUAACACACAUUAUAAACUGGGUGGUUCAAGCCCUGAAUGCUAAUUGGCUGACAGCCGUGGUAUAUCAGACUGUAUACCACGGGUAUGACAAAACAUUUAUUUUUACUGCUCUAAACGAGUUUAUAAUAGCUAUAAGGCACCUCGGGGGUUUGUGGUAUAUGGCCAAUAUACCACGGCUAAGGGCUGUAUCCAGGCAUUCGCGUUGCGUCGAAUGUAAGAACAGACCUUAGCCGUGGUAUAUUGGCCUUAUACUACACCCCCUCGGGCCUUAUUGCUUAAGUAAGUGAUGAAUCAUGAGUUUAUAUAGUGAAUAAAAUAUAAUUCCCUCUCUCUCUCUCUCGCUCUCUCCUCUCUCUCCAGUUCUGUCCAUCCACAAGCGUCCGGUGGCGGGUAAUGCAGAUAUCAGCUUCCCUAUGAAGGGCUGGAAGGGGAUGAUGGACUGGGCCCGCAACUCUGAGGACAGAGUUACUGUCUCCAAAAACAUCCUCUCCACAGGCAAGCCAGGUGAGAGCACACACACACACACACAAAACACACACACACACAAACAAACAAACAAAACAUUCAUUCAAAAUUAGCAUAUGGAAUUGCACUUGACAUUUGAGAGCCUCCAGAUUCGCAGCUGUGUGGAGACGUGCGGUUCCUCAGGCUCAGCCAAUGGGAUAGUUUGGCUCUCUCUGUGACAUAGAUCAUUACCACGGCUACCAUGUUAAUGAGCCAGUCACUUGCUAAUCAGGAGUCAACAGGAGCCAAUCAGGGGCAAUUAAAGCUAAUCUCCUCCCCCACUGGUAGAAGUGUCUUCCAUGGCGGCAACAGCACAUCAACAGUCAGUCAUGCCUCUCACCUGCUGCUCUAUACUAGGCAUGGCUCACAGGGGGCCAAAAUGGCUCCCCAGUUGCACUGAUUUAAAUGUUUUUCCUCAGCCGCCUCUCUGAAACUAUCAGAUCAUUAAAGAUGGGGGACAUGCAUUGGAACGCAUUUGACACACACACACAUACACUCACAUACACCCACACAGACACACACAUAAACACGCACACACAUACACUCUCACACACACAGCAGUGCAUUGUAUAAUUGUUAAAUAUCCCCCUUUGUUGCCUCUCUACUGCUGUGAUCAUUUUGGCUGAACAUAUUGGCUAGCAGGCCCAUGAUAUGAAGGGGAGUGCAAGAUAAUUUAUGUCACACACACAUACAUACAUACAUACACACACACACACACACACACACACACACACACACACACACACACACACACACACACACACACACACACACACACACACACACACACACACACACACACACACACACACACACAUGCAUACACAAACUUUCCCUCUCUCUCGCUCGGUUCCUCGCUGAUGCCCAUGGGAUCUCAGCUGCCUGGCCUGGAGUGGUAUAAUACCCUCUGCCUGCUGCCUGGCAUACUUCUGUGUCCUCUCAGCACACAUCCAUACUGCUAGCCUGCCAGCCACAGCGUGUUGGAGCGUGAGAGAGAGCUGAGGUCCUUUAGAUAGAAGAACAGAUGGACUUUGUGGGUUUGUGUCUGUGACACUGCAGCAGGAGACAUCCUCAGGCCAUGUCCUUCUCUUCUGGCCUUCCGCCCAGCAGUUUAGUUUAGCUGUGACACAGGUUGGAAUAAAUCAAAUCUUUUUCUGGGUUUUUCUGGGUGUGUUUUUGUCUAUUUUGCCAGUGCAGUCUGCCAUCAUGGCAUGCCAUACCCAGCCAUGCUACCAUGGCAACCCUUUUUGUCACAUUAAAUACAUUGUUGUGUGACAGUGGAAAAUGUUUCAAUGUCAUUUGGCCUUUUGCAUUUGGGUGUGUGUGUGUGUGCGUUUGCGUGUGGGUGUGUAAGUGCAUGCAUGUGUAAACAAUCAUGUUUAUGAUGUCUGUUUGCAUGGCUAUUUUGUGAAUAUGGGUAAGUCUGUCUGUAAGUGUGUGUGUAAGUGAUGAUGCUGUGUGAGUGUGUGUUUAUAGAUGGGUAGUUAUGUAGGCCAGCUGCAGAGGUAUAGAGCCAAGAGGACUGGAGGGAGACUGGCUGACCUGUAUUCUCUCUCCUGCUGUCCUUCAGCACAGACAACUAAGACUAGACCUGCAGGUCAUCACACACACACACACCACUGACACACAAACACAAACACACGUCACUCCUCCAUCUCUCCCCCUCUCUCCCUUUUUUAUUGGAUUCUGACUGACCUGUCCUCUCUCUCUCUCUCUCGAAAAAAAAUUUUUCCCCCGGAUUUAAAAAUCUCCUCUCCUCUUCUUCCCUAGUUGUGUUGUUUCCUGUGUGGUUGGUCUGGUUGAACGGUGGACAAUGUUUGUGGGUUUUACUCAGAUGGAUGACCCUUUUCAGCGUUUGUCACUGGGAUCGUUCUCUACAGAAACCUGGGCAGCAUCCUAUCUCUACAGAGGUGAGAGUGAUUUACUGACAUCUCUACUCACAAUGCUUUCUCCAGGGAUGCGUCAAAAUAAGUGUACUAUUAAGGGAAUAGGGUACCAUUUGGAACCCAGCACAGAACGCAUCCCAGAACCUCUUUUGCUUGGUGGCUAAUGGGCUUUGAAUGCUACCACGUAGCAGAUAGCUUAGUGGUUAAGAGCAUUGUGCCAGUAACCGAAAGGUCGCUGGUUUAAUCCCCGAGCCGACUAGGUGAAAAAUCUGUCGAUGUGCCCUUGAGCAAGGCACUUAACCCUAAUUGCUCCUGUAAGUCGCUCUGGAUAAGAGCGUCUGCUAAUGACCAAUUAUUAUUACUUAGUCUUCUGUAUGUGUAAAAGGAUGUCUGAAGUAGCUAUUAUCUAGAAUGAAUAACAUUUCAGAGAACUGCUUUAUGCUAAGCAUAUGUAUUCAAACAGCAUGUGUAUUUGUUAUCUAUAGCUUUCUCUCGUUCAGUGAGGAGUGUUCCUACCAUUACGUUAAUGUGUAUGAGCAGGUAUAAUGAGAUGGAAGAACAUAUGUAGGAACGCAGGCUAGAGUGGCAGAAUCACACUCACACAAUCCUCCUAACUGCAAUUUGAUGUGUUUUGUAGCCCUUUCCUGCAGUCAAAUGACCUACUGGCCUCAUGGGUGGAAUGGUAUUAAUCUUUUUCAGAAUUUCAUAAUUAAUAAACAUUAAUAAACAAAACCGACCGAAUAUUCGAUGUCUCUAUGUCAAACGGUUUUGUUAUAUUUUAGUCUUCUGUGAUGUAUAUAGAGUGUAAUAUUGGGAUGCAAACUCAAAAUUGAAUACAUUUCAACUUUAUAUCUGACAUGGUACAGGUGUCUUCUUCUUUUUAAACCCAUAACCAUGUGUGUGAGGUGUAUACUUUUGUUUCAAAGUAGAUUUGUUUAAGACUACCAAGAAACACUCUACGUGACCCUGAUUUAGCCAACUGCAGCAAAAGGUUUUGUGACAGAUGUCUCUUUCCAUUCAUCAAAUUGCGAGUGCAUAGUGCACUGUUUGGAUGCUGGAAUUAUUUUGCGAGUGGACGAAUGUGCGCGGGUAGCCUACAAGAGCGCCUUUUUGAAAUGAUUGUUUGACAAAUGUAAUACAUGUUAAAAGUGAUAUGACAAAUCUUCACUAGGCCUAGGCUACUAGGCCCACAGAGAUGAUAUAUACAAUGAAUAGGGAUUCUAUAGGCCUAUGUCAUUCUAUGAUUACACCAAGCUCAUUAAAAAAAAUUGUGUGCGCGCUUGGGUGUCCCAUACCAGUAAGAACUGAAAUCUACUUUCCCCCCUGGGCGUAAUGUGGAAGCUCCUCUUCUAUUCUGCCUUUACCCAGGCCUAGUUUCUGUCCUUUGUUCCCUCUGAAUCUUUUUCCCCUUCAAGGAAAUGUGAUCCGUUUUAGACAGAGGCUGGCUGACACAAACGUUUACGUUGACUGAUUGCGUUCUGAGAAGUGAGAGGGAGAAAGAGCGAGAGGGAGAGAGAGAGAAAGAGAGAGAGGGAGAUGUUGCAGAUGGGAGAGAGUAGGGGAGAGGAGUCAGAGUGUGGGGGCUGUGAAACAUGGCGAGCUUUGAUCAGAUUGUCUAUUUCAAACGGGACAUGGGUCAAGUGCUGGGACAUACAAGGGUGUCUUGAGGGACAUGUAUGCUGUGUUAGGGAGAAAUGGGAACAUGUGUUGUAGAGAUGGGGCAGUAUUACUGGAGGGAGAUUUUAGUCUGUUGAUGGGAACAGGGAUUGACAACGAUGAAAAUGAUGUGUGCUUCUCACGUGGUAUGUCACCUGACCAUGUGAGUUGUCCUAUGCUGGUGACACCAAACUGUUCCCCCCUCUCUCCUCACACUAUUUCUCCUCUCCUCACCCACUCUUUCCCUCCCUCCAGAAACAGCACUGUGCUCAACUCCAAGGUGGUGUCUGUGACCAUCAAGCCCACCCCAGGAUCCCUCUCUACCCCAGUUGAGGUCCAGUUCUCACACCUUUACAACGUGAGUGACCUUUCACAUCUGACCCUCUGACCUGAGCAGUGACCUCAGUAGUAAUUGACCCCUGUAGUGUAACAGAGUAGGUAGGGCUUUGACAGAUCAUGUGGCUUAUCCCAUAAAAACACAAGUUGCUGAUAUUUGAUAGCAUUUCAAAAGACCUACCAUGCCUUUAUCACUGAAAAGCACUUUUAGCACUUAGAAAAGCACUUUAAAAAUGCAUUUAAUGAUCCUCUCAACUGGAGGUUUAUGAGAACAUUUGCAAACAGAGUAUAUGUGCAUGGCCACAGGAAGAUGUUUUGUGGUGGGGUGCAGUUUUUAUUUUAUGAAUACAUUUUUUUUAUGUGAUUUAUCAGGGGGUGCUGCAGCACCUCAGCACCCCUACUACCCGCGGCUAUGCAUACAGUGCAUUCACAUUUUGUUACGUUACAGCAUUAUUCUAAAAUUGAUUAAAUCAUUUUUUUCCUCACCAAUCAACAAACAAUAACCCAUAAUGACAAAGCACAAACAGGUAUUUAUAAAUAUGAAGGAAAAAAAUUGUAAACGGAAAUAUCACAUUUACAAGUAUUCAGACCCUUUGCUCAGUACUUUGUUGAAGCACCUUUGGCAGCGAUUACAGCCUUGUGUCUUCAAGGGUAUGACGCUACAAGCUUGGCACACCUGUAUUUGGGGAGUUUCUCCCAUUCUUCUCUGCAGAUCCUCUCAAGCUCUGUCAGGUUGGAUGGGGAGUGUCGCUGCACAGCUAUUUUCAAGUCUCUCCAGAGAUGUUUGAUUGGGUUCAAGUCUGGGCUCUGGCUGGGCCUCUCAAGGACAUUCAGAGACUUGUCCCGAAGCCACUCCUGCGUGGUCUUGGCUGUGUGCUUAGGGUCGUUGUCCUGUUGGAAGGUGAACCUUCACCCCAGUCUGAGGUCCUUAGCACUCUGGAGCAGGUUUUCAUCAAGGAUCUCUCUGUACUUUGCUCAGUUAAUCUUUCCCUCGAUCCUGACUAGUCUCCCAGUCCCUGCCGCUGAAAAACAUUGCCACAGCAUGAUGCUGCCACCACCAUGCUUCACCGUAGGGAUGAUGCCAGGUUUCCUCCAGACGUGACGCUUGGCAUUCAGGCCAAAGUGUUCAAUCUUGGAUUCAUCAGACCUAAGAAUCUUGUUUCUCAUGGUCAGUCUUUUAGGUGCCUUUUGGCAAACUCCAAGCUGGCUGUCAUGUGCCUUUUACUGAGGAGUGGCUUCCGUCUGGCCACUCUACCAUAAAGGACUGAUUGGUGGAGUGCUGCAGAGAUGGUUGUCCUUCUGGAAGGUUCUCCCAUCUCCACAAAGGAACUCUGGAGCUCUGUCAGAGUGACCAUCGAGUUCUUGGUCACCUCCCUGACCAAGGCCCUUCUCCCCCGAUUGCUCAGUUUGGCCAGACGGCCAGCUCUAGGAAGAGUUUUGGUGGUUCCAAACUUCUUCCAUUUAAGAAUGAUGGAGGCAACUGUGUUCUUGGGGACCUUCAAUGCUGCAGAAAUGUUUUGGUACCCUUCCCCAGAUCUGUGCCUUGACACAAUCCUGUCUCAGAGCUCUACAGACAAGUAUUUCGACCUCAUGGCUUGGUUUUUGCUCUGACAUGUGCUGUCAACUGUGGGACCUUAUGUAAACAGGUGUGUGCCUUUCCAAAUCAUGUCCAAUCAAUUGAAUUUACCACAGGUGGACUCCAAUCAAGUUGUAGAAACAUCUCAAGGGUGAUCAAUGGAAACAGAAUGCACCUGAGCUCAAUUUCUAUUCUCAUAGCAAAGGGUCUGAAUACUUCUGUAAAUAAGGUUUCUGUUUUUAAUUAGCAAAAAACUAUAAAAACCUGUUUUGGCUUUGUCAUUAUGGGGUAUUGUGUGUAGAUUGAUGAGGAAAAUGUUUUAUUUAAUCAAUUUUAGAAUAAUGCUGUAACGUAACAAAAUGUGGGAAAAGUCAAGGGGUCUGAAUACUUUCCAAAUGCACUGUAUGUCAACCAUCUGACCGUUUCUCUCUCUGUCUGAUCAGGGCACCACCAACCAGACCUGCAUCUCCUGGGACGAGAGUGACAGGUAAGGCCUUUGUCUAGUUCUUUCACCCAUGUGCCUGUUGGGCUGCCCCUUGACGCUGCCUGGCUGCAGUGUGGAGCCUGGGGGUGGAACCGCCUACAUAGAAAAAUAAUUACUAGGACGGACAUUGGAGCCGUCUACCCAUAGAGAUCCUAGAAUUGAACUGAAUUAUAGGACCUUUAUGCGCCUACCUGGCUCUGAAAACAGAAAUAAAAUUACUAGAAUGGACAUCCCCAUUCAAGUCAAUGUACCAUGAUGGGUGGACUGGAUGUAAAGUAAGAAGGUUACCCAUAACCAUGAACUAAAGUAAUUAUAUUUCUAUGGUGGACCCGCCUUGGCUACCUGGCUCUGAAACACCUGCUGGUGUGGACCUUCACAGUGAGGGAUAGAACUCUGGGAGACGGCAUCUCCCCCACUGUGACUGUGUGUUCCGUGGCUGUUCCUGCUCCACUGUUUUUAAUCUUGACGAAGUGCCCGUGACACACACUCACCCAGUAGAAAGGUGCUGAGUUUGUCAGACAACUCCAGAGCUCCUCUCUGUGGGUAAUGGGAGAUGGGACGGGGCAAACACUAACCCCCACCCAGCUAACACUGCGCCGACACUGAUGCAGCAUGUAGAAAAUUAAAAGUGUCGCUCACAGCUUUCUCUCCUGGGCCCCCACGCACACACGAACCAAGGCGUCAACACAGAGGGAUGAAUGGAGAGUGCUCUACUGGGAUCUACUGAGACAGACAGAGAGGCAGACAGGAUGAGAGUAUACAUAUGUGAAGUAAGGGAGAGAGAGAGAGAGAGAGACCAGGGAGAGAGAGAGAAGGUUUAGAGCGAGAGAAGGGAGGGUUGGAGUUGGAGAGGAGUGGAGAGAGGAGACAAAACUUUGUAAGCGUUGGGAGGUGGAAGGGAGCAAGAGCGAGGGGGAGACACUACAAUUACCACGGCCGCUUAUUUUAAAUGCAGGUUGGACAUUUGCAUUUAGAUAAGUGUGUACACUUGUGUUACUGAGACGAGAGCAAAGAACAGAGCGCUCUUUUGCCAUAAAACAAAGUUUGACCAGGUCAAUAUAGACCUAGAGAGAGAGAGAGAAGAAUAGGAGCAAUGAGGGAGGGAGAGGGUUGAGAGAACCAAGGGAAGACGAAGUUAGAGAUCCACCAACGAAAGCACUAAGAGAAGAGAACAAAAAAAAAUCUAAUUAAACUUCACACACAUUUGGAGUGUUGACGAAGGGGGCCCGCUAGGAGCGUGGAGGGGGUGCAUGUUCUAAGAAAAUAAAUCCACCUGAAGCAGCUAUGAUAAUGAGCAAUAUUUGGGGGACAAAUUGAAAUGUGAGGAGGCGUCCUUGUCAUGGUGGUGUCUUGUUGAUAAAGGCUGUGAGAGAGAGAGGCAAGCAGGUGUGUGACGGGUGGUCUUCUCUCCUAGGGAUCACACUUCAAUCUGGGGCGGGGGAUCAAUAACAACAGCAGUGUUGCCAUCCUGGCCUGCAGGUUGGCAUUUAUUGUCAUGAAUCUUGCCCUGGAGGCAGCUCUGCAGAGAGCUCACUAGCUGGCACAGCCACAAAGUAAUACAAUAUGAUUUUAAACCUAACCCUAACCUUAAGUUAACUUUAAGCACACUGCUAACCCUAAUGCCUUACCCUAACCUUAUAUUAAGACUAAAAAGCUCAUUAUUGUUUUCAUGAUUUUUUACAAUGUAGCCAAUUUUGACUUUGCAGCUGGCCCAUCUAGCGGAAAUCACUCAGUUCUGCCUUCAGGGCAAGAUUCAUGAUAAUAAACGUCAACCUGGUCCUGACCUGGCCCAGUCACCCUCCCUAACUUAUCGCUCCUCACCCACCUCCACUUCUUUAUAAACCCACAAUCUUAUUUGUUCUCUUUACAGUUUGUCUCUUAUUGAAUUUAGCUUCCCCUUUUCUUUAAUCUGUCUAUUGGUUUUAGUUAAUAUAUUAUUUAUUAUUAUUUCCAUCGCUGGGUGUUAUAGCACCAGACUAAACAAUUUUGUCUGGGCUUGAUUGAUCUUGUCUUACUUAAUGGAAGCAAUAGAAAUGUCGUAAAAGAUGCCAACCCCGCCCAUCUGGCUCUGUAGGCAGACUAGAGCAAACGCUAAGCGUAUUUAAAAUAUUUAAAAUAGUAUUUGAACCCAGGGAUGUCUGGGAUGUUGUGGCGGUCAGGCAGGCCCUGCUGUCCCAUUCAUUCAUGUGGUCCUGGCCUGUUGUUGGCAGGGACCGUUCACAGUGCUGGACCGCUACCCAAAUGAUCCCCCGUGGCUAGGCCUGUGUGUGUGUGUGUGUGUGUGUGUGUGUGUGUGUGUGUGUGUGUGUGUGUGUGUGUGUGUGUGUGUGUGUGGUGCUGUGGCUUGCUAUGUGGUUGGGAUAGCGGCCUAAUCGUGUCAUCCACAGAGACUCUGCGCUGAGUUAUAAUAUUGGAUUUCUGUUUGGGUGAUGUGCUAAUGUUAGCACUGAGCCUACUCCUGGGGCUACAAGACUACUCUCUCUCUCUCUCUCUCUCUCUCUCUCUCUUUCUCUCUGCUCGUCAUGGUUUCGCCCCUCAGCACUCUCCACCCAAUUGCACCAUGGGUAAACCUAUCGAGGGCUGCUGUGAGGUGGCCCUGGUGCACUGUGGGUAACCCUGUUGGAGGCCGUGGUGUGUUGUGAUGAAAUGUCUUUGGCCCUGAGGUACAUACCUGGGUUCAAAUAGUAUUCGUUUUCUUUCAAAUACUUAAUCUGCUCUUGAUCGAGCCUGCCUUGUGCAAUGGAACCACUGGAAUAAAUAACAAAAAGUUCAAACCCUGCCCAACUGGCUCUCCAGACUGAAUGAAUUAAAUGCUUCCAAGUAUUGGAAAGAACACAACUACUUUUUGAACCCAAGUCUGCUGAGACCCAGUCCCAGGCUGUUUGGUUGGUUUGUUGGUUGGUUAACCCUGGGGGCUGCUGUGUGUUUCUGGUGCCACUAGCCCCAGAGCCCUGCAGGAGACCAUGUUCCACCCAUCUUGAUGAGUCCCUUUGGGGACCACUAUGUUUGGGAAGAGGAUGUAAGGGCUCGCUUGAGAUGGAUGGAGUGUGACAUCACCAAUGUACCAUCCAGCAUCACUGUGCCGUGGGAGGGAGACACAACACACAACUCCCAUUAAGACAUGAGGAACCAAUAACCAUCGGGGUCAUUCUCUAUGCACCACAGUCAGACCAAUAUGAAGAGAGGACUGAAACUGAGCCAUGCACUCUUGGAGGAGUACAAUACAAUAACUUGAAAGUCUUCUUAAUUAUUAAAACCAACUGGUUUUGGCGUGUUGUCUUUGUCAGGGUUUUAGAACAGCUGUGUGGUAAGUUAGCCACAUGUGGAGGGUACGACGUUGUAAACAACAAUGAAAUAGUUGUGAUCUGAUAUUUCAGCACCAUGCAUAGCGGGGAAAUAUGGUUUCUGAUAUCUGGAGUUCAGCACCACAUGGCAGUGGACAGCGUACUGGCAACGCAACGUCACUGGCCACUGAGAAUGCCCAUUCAAUGACGGAAGAGGCCUACAAGCAAGACAUCUAGAGGGGAAGGCUCCCCAUGAACUCCAUGCUAAGCUGUUCAGCAAAAUUGUUUUCUAACGUUAAAACUUUAGAAUUGUCAGUAAUGCUUUAUAGUAGAAGCGGGUGGUUGUGAGUCUUUGAUUGACAAUUUCAGUCGAUUCCAUAGGACAGUGAGUGACAAAGUGGUGUGGAUUUAGCCUGGUCCAUUCAGGGUAAAUAAGACUUAGACAAACAUGAUAUCUGUCGAAGUUUGGUCAACAUUCACAAUUCACAUUUUGAUGAAUAUGCUCAACUAAAGAAUGGUUAACAAUAUAACAGAAAAAUAACUACAUAUGUAUUUAAAGUGCUUUCUUAUUGGGUUAGAAUUGCAUUUAUUGUUGAUGUAUGGUCCAGUAGGUUACAAAAAAGGCCUAGACCAGGCCAUCAAAAACCUAUUUACCUGUAAAUAUAAGUUAGGAUGGCAUUACAGUCACACGAAGUACUGUUAAAUGUGUUCACACAAGAAAGAAUGUGACCAGCUGAUUAAUUGUAUAUUAAGUACACAUUAUCUCUGAACUCUUUAGCUUUUAAAUUGUGCCACCAAUAAGGCAAUCUAAAUCUAGCGAUAAAUAAUGAGACACAAUAAUAAUUUAGAUUUGCAUGAUUGUUUUUAUAAUUAUUAUUAUUAUUACUUUUACCCCCAUUGCUAUUGUGUAUUUUUGGGUCAUAUGUGAAUUCCCACUCUAUAUUGCAAUAACCUGGCCAAGCAGAAACCUGAGCAGCACGGUUUCUGGCUCACAGAGAACCUUUCAUCACCAUUUUCACUGCGUUUUCUGCGCUCUUGCUCGCUAACCGCGGAGAUGUAAAGGGGAUUUGGAAUUAAAUAGCUGGUGUCUGUAACGUGGUGGCGGAUUUGACUCGCUUUCCCCCCGUUUUUAUUCACCGCAGCGCUCUCUCUCUUUUCCCGCAGCUCCUCGCUGCUCGGAUCGUGGUCUGCCAGGGGCUGCAGAGCCGUGCCUGUCGACUCAUUCAGAACCAAAUGCGUGUGUGACAGACUCUCUACCUUCGCCAUUUUAGCACGGCUAACUCCUGACAUGGUAAGUCCGACACCUUCCUUCAUUCUUUUAUGUUAGGGUAUCCGAAUCGAGGUGCUUGUGAGUUAUGUGUAUGUUUCUCACCGGGUUUAGUGGAAAAGGGCGUCAUUGCCAUUCCGUAUCAACAGAGCCCUUGCGCGCUCCCUCCCUCUCUCCCCUCUCUUGCUUGCGACGUGCAGAUGCCAUUCAGCAAGGCCUGUGUGUGUUCUCAAAUAAAGAAUUUGGGCAUCUUUCAAGUCGUCCCACCGAGCAGAAAAGGGAGAUUUGUGUCGAAAUGACACAUUUUAGUCGAGGUACAUCCACUUUAUAUAUUCCAACGGCAAAAUGACCGUGUUGACUACUAUACUAUUGAUUUGCAUACAUUACAUGCUGAAUGAGAAAUUGUUAGGUUAUGUGAAUAUUUAUUUUAGGGUUUAUGGAUAAGCUAUUAUAAUUGUAUUCAUGUUCAGAAUCCCGUGCAUAUUUCAUGUGAACGCUGUCCAAUGUAAUAUAAUAACAUAUUAUUCCUGCAUUUUGACAAAUUAAUAUUUCCCUGCACAGGUCUCCAUUGGAAUGCUGCUAUGCUCCAGGCAUGCUGCCUAAAUAUCCUCCAAUUAUGCAUGUACAUAAAAUGGGGCAAAACAAAUCACAGAUAAUCAGUAUUUGACUCCAACUGGAUAACAAUAGGGGUGUUAAUAUGACAAUACCUUUACCAAACCCUGCAGAAUUCCAGUGAUGGUUCAAACUGCUCAAAUGUGGCCCCGUUUCUGAGGGGGGAUGAAAAGGCCAGUACUGUCUUUGUGAGGAAAUGUUCAUUCAGUGCGAUUAGUUAUUAUUAGACUGGAAACUGCCUGUGAAGCAGUUGUUCACUAGUUGCCCUGGUAACAGCAUGGAUGGGCACCAGGGGCUCUUAAAGCUGUAGAAGACCCUAUACUAAUUCACCACCACAUCGUGCUGUGUGGCCUAGAUAGAGGGAAGGGAAGAACGGAGGAAUGGAUGAAGGGAGGGAUGGAAUACUGUUUAUUUACUCCUCCUGGGCCAAAAUAUUCAGACAGAUGCGACAUUUACCCGUUUUAGAUAUGCAUGUGGUAUUUAUAUGACGGUACCCAAAUGCUACAUCAAAAGAAGGGGAUGGGGAUGAGGAAAUGUGCACCUGCAAGCAAGGGACAGGCUUUAUUUGAUGGGUCUUAGGAAAGCAAAUAAACACGGCAGUCUUUCGCCCUGAGAAUCUGCAGCUGUGCGUUUGAUGUUCUGUAUCUCUCUCUUCUCCAUCUCUGUCUCUCUCUCUUCUCCCACUCUCACACUCCCUCUGUCUUCCCCUCGACCAUCCUAGAGCUAAGAUUAUUCAGCCGGGGGGAUGAUCUUGGAAGUGUGUGUGUGUAUGUGUGUGUGUGUGUGUGCGUGUGUGCGUGUGCGUGUGUGCGUGUGCGUGUGCGUGUGUGGGUGUUGGUGUGUUUGUACACCUCUGCAAGAUGUUUACAGAUCAUCACUUGCUAUACACACACAGAAGCAGUCGCUAUCCUUAUUACACACAGCUGCACACAUGCAUACGGUUACACAUACUGCACACACACACACACACACACACACACACACACACACACACACACACACACACACACACACACACACACAUACACACUGUUUAUUUGGCGUAUGUCUGUGGGAUGGGUAGUAGUCAUAGUAGCGUAAUGUGUUAAUAGCACUCCCCAAGUGAUUGCUGCUUCUCCCUGGCCGGAACACAGCGUCAUCCUCCCCCUUAUUCCUCCUUCUAUCUGUCUACCUCUAUUCAUCCCUCUCUCUACCUGGCCACUCGACAGGCCGUCUCACAGCAGUGUCGCAGUCUGGGGGCUUUUAGAUGCCCUAUGGGAAGCAUAUUGUGGCAAUUAUAUUCACCUGGCUCUGUGCCAGGAGAGAAGGGCACUCCUUUCCCCCCCCCCCCCCACUCUUUCUUCUCCUCCCUCCUUUCCUUCCUCCCUCCUGCCAUGCUAGUGGGUUAGUGAGACAGCCAUGGUUACGGAGCUAGCUAAUUAUUCCUGCAGCAACACUUGCCACAUUCUGAAUGGUGCAGCCCCUCUCCUCUCCUCUCCUCUGUCUGCAGCUAGCCUCAUACAGCCCCAGAAUGACAAACACCCAGCCUCUCGCUGGCUCUCUCUUCCUCUCCCUCCUGCUUAGUCAUUUUCCCACAUCCUUUUCCUCUGCUGCUUUCUCUUCUCUCUCUCUCUCUCUCUCUCUCUCUCUCUCUAUCUCUCUCUCUCUAUCUCUCUCUCUCUCUCUCUCUCUCUCUCUCCUCUCUCUCUCUCUCUCUCUCUCUCUCUCUCUCUCUCUCUCUCUCUCUCCACAUAGUAGGUCUCUGUCCCGCCCCUUUAUCACUCCCUCUCUUCAUCUCUCCUCUCCUGUCUUCUGUAAUGUUACCACGUUCAGUCAGUCCUACUCAGCUGCAAGCUGUAGAAGGAAAGAGAGAGAGAGAGAGAAAAUGCACUUAUCAAAAUGCUCAAACCUGAACCCAGCAGGCCCAGAGAGAAGAAGGCUUGUGUUUUUGGGAAUAGGAUGAAUGAAUGAAUGUGUGUGUGUGUGUGUGUGUGUGUGUGUGUGUGUGUGUGUGUGGGUGGGUGGCACAUGUAUGGCUGUUUUUAUUGCCCCUAUGAGAGACAGACAAGUCUUUGUUAGAAUGUCUCAUGGGCCUGUGAGUACGCAGUUCACACACCUACAGACCUGCCUUUGACAAUGUAACCCAUAUUAGGCCUAUAGAUAGUAAGACAUAGAUCAACUAACUCAACAGAACCACAGAACAGCUUUGUGUUUCCCAUUAUAUCAGAGAGGUUGGUCCUCAUGCUGUAGCUGCAUCAGUACUCAUACAUGGAUUCAUGUUUCUUUAGAUGCUAUCAAUCUUACUUGGGUUUGAGUCACAUACAGUCAGAUACAGAGUUCAGUGGAAGGUCAUGGUCAAAGCCUGUUAGUCUGACUCUACAAACUAGACACACCCAGGCUAGGUAUCAUUGAACUACUGUGUCCAUGGUGAUUCUCAGAAAGCCUUGAUGGUGUUGGAAAGCAGUUAAUGCUAUGAUAUGUAUACCUGUAUAUCUGCAUUGAUACAAAUCACGAAUACCAUUUAGCCAUUGUUAUCUGCCCCCUUUCUGAAGGCAGUUUUAGGUCAACACUGGGAUAACAUAGCCUAGCCUCUUCGGGAUGGGAAGUCUCUGUCUCUCUCACUAGACGGUUGCACUGUACGCGAUUCACAUCCCACAUCCCACAUCCCUGCGCUGCCAUUAGUGGAGACAGAGAGGGCUGUAAAAGUUACUCGGUCUCAGCUGACAUUGUUCCGUUCGGCUGCAUUCGUAAUCUUUUUCCUUCAGACUGAGAGAGAGAUGGGAACUCACCGCAGUGCAGAUUAAUCAAAGGAUUUCAUUAAUUUGGCCCUCUAGCACACAUCAAACCUGGAAACAAGACAGACUAUAAACUCAGUCAAUUAUCUUCUGCUUGAGGGUGGAAUGCACAACCAUAGAAUAGACCCCCCUCCUCUUCUCCCCGCCCCCCCAUCCCUGUCAUAAGACUGCUGUGCUCCCUUCCACCUCCAUCUCACCUCUAGGUACUCCAACACCACCUCAACAACCCCCUCCCCCCUGCACCCCAUCCCUCCAUAGCUAUCUCUUCCCAUCAGACAACCCCCCCCCCUAUAUCCACCCCAACACCACCUCUAACAAACCUUAGCAAAGACAACUACACAACAUAUUUCCAUUUGGAACACAUUACACAUUUAAUCAAGCUAGUCUUCUAGAGUAAGCAGCACUUCACUAAGCAGCACUCCUGAACAUGGGCUUCUUGACUCACUGUUAGUACUGCUCUGUAGAUCACAUAAUGCUAUACUGAAGAACGCAGUCAACACACACGCCCGGCCUACGUUGGGAGAAUGGCCCAGGAUGUCAUGCAUGGGAGCCUGCAGGCAGCACUACUCCCUCAGAUAGAUACACUGCCUGCCAGCUAGAUGCUUUCACUCUGUUCAGGCCACAGCAGGGAACAAUCAGUCAGUGCUGCUAAGCAUGCAUGAGUCAAGACUGGGAAUUGUGUCCGAAAUACACACACACACACAUACACACACACAAACACACACACACGCUUAUGCAUAAAGCAGCCACAGGGUAAGUGGGAUGCUGUAGCCUUCCUUCCCUCACUGCUGCUGCUGCCACGCUACCAUACCAACAUCCCCAUCCUGCAUCACCAUGGCAACUAAGACAAUGGCUGCUGCGGGAACAUGGAGACGGCGAUCUGUUGUUGUCGAUGGUUUUACAGGAGGAGGUUUGCGUUAUCUUGCUGUGUUUCAUAGUAGAACGUUUGAAUCUGUCUGUAGUGUAGUCUGACAAUUAAUCUGUCAAAAUGUGCUUUGUAGCUGCCGUUGGUUCAUGGCCUUCAGCUAAGAAUCUGUGUAGUGAUUCACCUUGGAAUCACCUUGCUCUCCAUAUCCAGCCAAGGCCCAAACAGAAGCCUGCCUGCCUGCCAGCCUCUCUCCAGCUCUCUUUAUCAGAUACCAGCUAUACCUACCUCUGUACACGGCACUGCACAUGUCUGUGUGUCUGUGUGUGUGUGUGCGGAGGGGUCUCAUACUGUUUUAGCUUUGCAGUCCUGAACCAGGAGAGUGGAAGAAAGAAUCUGCUUUACAUUUCUUUGCAGUACUAACAGUCUGUGUGUUGACUAUAUGUGUGUCUCCUGCAGAAUAUGGAUAAAAUGCAGCUUCCCUCUGUGACACUGAUGGUGGGCUGUGGAGUCUCCUCUCUCACCUUGCUGCUCCUCAUCAUCAUCUAUGUGUCGGUCUGGAGGUGAGAACACUUGGACUCUGGUUAGUAAGCCCAGUAAGCCCAGCUGAGCUGUACUAGGCUGGUUUGGUUACGCAUCCACCAUAGUUGCUUGAACCGUGCUGGAAAGGACAAAGUGGACUAAAUCUGAGCCAGCAUUGUGCAGUUCAGGUUUGCUUGAUAGUGUAAAAAGGCUGGAGCUUUUGAACCGUUUAAGUGAAGAAAGUAUGGGUGUGGUUGUUGGUGGUUGACGGUCAGUUGGGAAAGGUGUGGACCCCUCAACAUGUUGUUUCUCCUCAGGUACAUUCGCUCCGAGCGCUCCGUCAUCCUCAUCAACUUCUGCCUCUCCAUCAUCUCCUCCAAUGCCCUCAUCCUCAUUGGUCAGACGCAGACAAGGAACAAGGUAAGAGCCAAUGAACAAGCUGUAUCUCACCACAUGCUCUCUCAAAGUCUUGUAAAGAUCCUUUACUCACAUCUCUCCAUCUCUUCUUCUCUUCCCUGUUCCCUCUUUCAACCCCCCCUCACACCCUCCCUCUUUUCUUCUCUUUCUCCCUCACUCUCUGUCCCUCUCUUCCUAUCUUGUGUUCUCUCCAUCUCUCAGGUGAUCUGCACACUGGUCGCUGCUUUCCUGCAUUUCUUCUUCCUGUCGUCUUUCUGUUGGGUUCUGACGGAGGCGUGGCAGUCAUACAUGGCUGUGACUGGCCGGCUGAGGAACCGCAUCAUCCGCAAGCGAUUCCUGUGUCUGGGCUGGGGUGAGGAUGCUGUUUCUCUGUCUGUCCCACAUCGCUAGAUCAUUAGCCGGUCUGAAAGGUCAGGGUUAGGCCAAGAGCAAGGGGCACAGAGCAAAUUGGGAUCAGUUUUAUCUGUUUCUCUGUCUGUCCAUCUGUUUGUCCGUCUGUUCCGUCCCUACCCAGUACUGACCCCUCUCCCUCCUCCUUAGGUCUACCUGCUCUGGUUGUGGCAAUCUCUGUGGGUUUCACCAAAGCAAAGGGAUAUGGCACCGUCAACUAGUGAGUCUGCUAUCCCUGAUAUUGUUGCUGUGUGUCUCCCUCUGUCUAGACAAGUGUCUUUUCUCUCUCUCCUUUUGUCUCUCUCUCUCUGUAUCUUUCUUUCUGUGUAGCUCUAGAACUCGAUCUUCUUCUAAAUCCUAAUGUUGGAUUACCUAAUCUUUAAAGAGCAUUUAAGACAUGUGAUAAAGAAUCCUUAUACUUGGGGGUUGUUUUUGUGUGACCUGGUAUCUGACUUGACCUCUUCCUCUCCUCACUCUACCCUACCCUCCUUUUCUCUCUUUCUUACACCAUCUUUCUUCUUUUCUUGUAUCUGUUUUUCUCCAUCCUUUUUUUCUCAUGCCACCUUUCUUUCUCUUCAUCUAUCUUUCUCCUUCCUUCUCACCUGCUCUGGGUGUCACUCUCUCUUCCCCCCUUUUUCCUCUCCACCUCCUCCCUCUCUUCCUCUUUCUCUCUCAGCUGCUGGCUGUCUCUGGAAGGUGGUCUGCUUUAUGCUUUUGUGGGACCGGCUGCUGCUGUAGUCUUGGUACUUCCUAUCUCUCUGUCUCAACCUCUAUUUGUCUGAGAAACCAUUGUUCCUUUACUGAUCUUAGAUUAACCCUACAUUUAGCCAUAGAAAUAUGUAAGAUACUGUAACUCUUGUCUUGCCCUAACCAUAAACUUACAGUGCCUACUUUGUUGCAUUACAACCUGUAAUUUAAAUUGAUUUUUAUUUGGAUUUCAUGUAAUGGACAUACACAAAAUAGUCCAAAUUGGUGAAGUGAAAUGAAAAAAAUAACUGUAUUCACCCCCUUUGCUAUGAAGCCCCUAAAUAAGAUCUGGUGCAACCAAUUACCUUCAGAAGUCACAUAAUUAGUUAAAUAAAGUCCACCUGUGUGCAAUCUAAGUGUCACAUGAUCCCAGUAUAUAUACACCUGUUCUGAAAGGCCCCAGAGUCUGCAACACCACUAAGCAAGGGGCACCACCAAGCAAGAGGCACCAUGAAGACCAUUGAGCUCUCCAAACAGGUCAGGGACAAAGUUGUGGAGAAGUACAGAUCAGGGUUGGGUUAUAAAAAAAUAUCUGAAACUUUGAACAUCCCACGGAGCACCAUUAAAUCCAUUAUUAAAAAAUGGAAAGAAUAUGGCACCACAACAAACCUGCCAAGAGAGGGUCGCCCACCAAAACUCACAGACCAGGCAAGGAGGGCAUUAAUCAGAGAGGCAAAAAAGAGACCAAAGAUAACCCUGAAGGAGCUGCAAAGCUCCACAGCAGAGAUUGGAGUAUCUGUCCAUAGGACCACUUUAAGCCGUACACUCCACAGAGCUGGGCUUUACGGAAGAGUGGCCAGAAAAAAGCCAUUGCUUAAAGAAAAAAAAAGCAAACACGUUUGGUGUUUGCCAAAAGGUAUGUCGGAGACUGGUCCUCUGUAGCUCAGCUGGUAGAGCACGGCGCUUGUAAUGCCAAGGUAGUGGGUUCAAUCCCUGGGACCACCAAUACACAAAAAAAAGAUAAUAAAUAAAUAAAUAUGUAUGCACGCAUGACUGUAAGUCGCUUUGGAUAAAAGCGUCUGCUAAAUGGCAUAUUAUUAUAUUAUAUGGAAGAAUAGUUAUGCAUGCUCAAGUUUUCUGUUUUUUUUGUCUUAUUUCUUGUUUGUUUCACACAAAAAAAUUGUUUGCAUCUUCAAAGUGGUAGGCAUGUUGUGUAAAUCAAAUGAUACAAACCCCCAAAAAAUCAAUUUUAAUUCCAGGUUGUAAGGCAACAAAAUAGGAAAAAUGCCAAGGGGGUGAAUACUUUUGCAAGCCAUGUAUAGUCAUCAAUGGACCCUAUGCGCAAGAUUGCUACCACUUGACUAACUACAUGUUAUUACCUUCACUUAGCAGUUACAACUUUAUAUAUACUGUAGGUUUGAUAUGUAAACUAUUCUGUGUAUGUGUGGGACUGACAUGAUUCACAUGCAUGUAUCAUACUCUAUCAUUUCUGUAGUUCCAUGUCAGACUGACAGACAGAGUGGUUGUAGCUAUAUGGUCUGAGUGACUAAGAGUUUUUCUCUGUAUCUGGCUGCUUUGUUCACAUCUUUCUUUUCUCUCUGACAGGUUAACAUGGUUAUCGGGAUUCUCGUAUUUAACAAACUGGUGUCCAAAGACGGCAUUACUGAUAUGAAACUGAAGGAGAGGGCAGGGUAUGCCUCAUCCUACCACACAUCCAUCUCACUGGUCCACCAAUAACCAGCCUGGGGGCAUACGCUUGGGGGCGGGGCUAGCGAUGCCAUUGGCUCUCACUUCUAGAACGCAAGAGCUAGGAAAGAGUCAGAUGAGGAAAUUGAUAAGAGUUAUUUCUUUAGAUGACAGAAUUUAGAAACAGGGUAGAUAACAGUUGGGGAAUAGGAGCACAGACAACAGGAGUAUGGGAGAGAGAGAAAGGAGGGAGGGAGGAGAGAUAUAGCGAGAGCAGAGAGAGAGAGACAGCGAGAGGUGAGAGUGGGGAAAUGAAAAGGAGCAGAUAAAAUAAAAAUUGAAAGGAUUAUGUGGAUGUUUUCAUAAGAAAGACAGUGAUCAGUGAUUGGAAGAUUUGUAGAGGAUGUGGUCUGACAGAGAGGGAUAGAAGAAGAGAGGAGGGAGGGAGGGAGGGAGGGAGGGAGGGAAGGAGGGAGGGAGGGAGGGAGGAAGGGUUGGGAGGGAGGGAGGGAGGGAGGAAGGGUUGGGAGGGAGGGAGGGAGGGAGAUAUAAGAAAAGGGAAGAUGAGAAAGAAUGGACUGGUUAUCGGACCCUCCCAUUAAGAAACAAGAUGGCGCAUCAGUGCUCAUCUCAUGGCUUUUGUAUUGGUUUCAUUGUACUCUGCCAUAUACUGUAUGUUGCUUUUACACGUUCACUCAGCUUCUCUUAAUUUGCAGGUGUUGCUAUAUAAUGUACAUUUCUGUAUAUCCAUCUUUCUCUUUUAUUUAGUUUGGUUGCUAGUUGUUUAGGGAAGGGGAGCAGGGGCCCUAUGGGUAUAGAGUAGAGACCUCAGAGAUCACUCAAAGCACACCAUAAUGUCAUGUGUUUGAUUUAUAGUACAACGCUAAUGCUAGCUCUAUAGCCAUAGAAAUUGGUUUAUUUUCUGUUGUGUUUCUUAAAAAGGCCACUCACUACAAUAUGAAACAAACUCCAUCUGAUACAUCUGUUGUGUUGGAGAUGGGGUUUUUACUUCAGCCAUUUGGGCAUUUCCAAGCUCGUACUGAGAUACCUACUUCAACCAUGUGUACUUGUCUUAAAGUCUACCUUGUUUAUACUUACUACUACUACUUAAUACAGAUAGUAGCAUGUGCAGCGCAAUACUCACCAAUGUUGAGAGGUCUUGACCUUAAGUCCCUAUAUAACCCCAGGGUUGACCUUUGACCUCACGGUGACCCCUGCUCCCCCCUUCUCGCAGGCUGCUGUUCUGUGCCCUCAUUGGCCAUUGUUAGUGCAUCCAACUGAAUUGUUGUUUAUUUAUGUAUUUAUUUUCUCUGAACAACAUGUUUGCCUCUCUCUGCAAUUAUCUAUCUCACUUUUCUUGAACUGUACAAGUUUGUUUUUUGCUGUCUGAAACAUUCUGUUUGAGUUUGCACAGAAUCCCCCCCUCUCUCUCACUCAGGGCUCCUCCUCUCCAAUCAGGAACACCUCAAUCUCAGCUCCCCCUUUCCACCUCGUCACUGAUUGGGUAAAAAAUCAACCCCGCCCACACUGUUGUUGAUUUGUAUUGGGUCACGGCCCACCCCACACACUAAAUAUCCUUCCCCUGGCAGUAGCGCUCUCUGAUUGGCUUAAUAAUCUCUCCUCACACUCUGAUUGGCUUAAUACCCCCUCCUCACACUUUCCCUGCUAUCAAUAUCCCAGCUUUCAUCUAAAACCAGCUAGACAAGCAAUAAAUGUAAAGAAUAACUGUAGACAUAAACUGCAGUGCAAAAUCUAGAACACGGUUGUGAUACAUGGUUCUGUUCAAUGUAGUCACAUUACUAAGAUACAGAAUGAAUACUGACAGAAGUAUAGGAUAUGGCACAGAGUAGUAUAUGAUAGGGUGUGUGUAUGUUUGUGUGUGUUUAAAUGUGUGAGUGUGUGUGUUGGCGUGUGUGUUGGUUUGUAUUCGAUUACAAAGUGGGUACUGGGGGGUUGUUUUAGGGUUGCGCAGGCAGACCACUGGGCUAUCAAUGGUGCAUGGACCGAGGGGAGAGGGGGGAGGGGUGGCACCAGAAGACUGGAUGCAUACACAACACAGUAGGAUACCAUGUUAUUCUCUGAUAUUAUUCUCACUGUUUGGGCCCCCUCUGCUCCCUCAAGGUUCAAACUAUGCGUAUGUGGACUGAGGGGGGAGGGACUGUGGGGAGGGGGCAGGGUGGCACUGUAGAGUGGAUACAUGGAAAACAGAGAAGGGUGUCAGUCUCUUUUUCCCCUCGCAUGCCUUUCAAUACCUAACAUGUUUAAUCAAGAUAAUUAAUAAUCGCUAGAUGAUGCGCCUUAUUAGGCACGGCGUACUGUAGCCCUGCUCUCUCACACCUCAGAAAUUUAGAUUUACCCUCGCUGCCUGCUGAUGCGCUCUCUCUCUUUCUUCCACCCCUAAAAUUAGAAGCUAAAAAUGGAAACAGACAGGAGAGUAGAGGACAAGACAGGAGAGAAAAGGAAAGGUCUACUGUAAAGCCAUCCAGGCAGACCUGGUGUGGUGUUGUGUUUCCUCAUUCCUCAUUCCAGGAUGUGUUAGCACUGUGUUAGCAGGUUGCUGUUCAGUUACUUUAACCCUAGUUGUCACUAUACAGACGAUUCUAGUGAAAGAAAUGUGGACGUUCCUAGUGAAAGAAAUACCAGUAAACUGGGUAAACUUUGUACCCUUGUUUGUCGACUGGGAACCACAGAAUAUCACCUACAGUGGGGAAAAAAAGUAUUUAGUCAGCCACCAAUUGUGCAAGUUCUCCCACUUAAAAAGAUGAGAGAGGCCUGUAAUUUUCAUCAUAGGUACACGUCAACUAUGACAGACAAAAUGAGGGAAAAAAAUCCAGAAAAUCACAUUGUAGGAUUUUUAAUGAAUUUAUUUGCAAAUUAUGGUGGAAAAUAAGUAUUUGGUCAAUAACAAAAGUGUCUCAAUACUUUGUUAUAUACCCUUUGUUGGCAAUGACACAGGUCAAACGUUUUCUGUAAGUCUUCACAAGGUUUUCACACACUGUUGCUGGUAUUUUGGCCCAUUCCUCCAUGCAGAUCUCCUCUAGAGCAGUGAUGUUUUGGGGCUGUCGCUGGGCAACACGGACUUUCAACUCCCUCCAAAGAUUUUCUAUGGGUUUGAGAUCUGGAGACUGGCUAGGCCACUCCAGGACCUUGAAAUGCUUCUUACGAAGCCACUCCUUCGUUGCCCGGGCGGUGUGUUUGGGAUCAUUGUCAUGCUGAAAGACCCAGCCACGUUUAAUCUUCAAUGCCCUUGCUGAUGGAAGGAGGUUUUCACUCAAAAUCUCACGAUACAUGGCCCCAUUCAUUCUUUCCUUUACACGGAUCAGUCGUCCUGGUCCCUUUGCAGAAAAACAGCCCCAAAGCAUGAUGUUUACACUCCCAUGCUUCACAGUAGGUAUGGUGUUCUUUGGAUGCAACUCAGCAUUCUUUGUCCUCCAAACACGACGAGUUGAGUUUUUACCAAUUUUUUUUAUUUUGGUUUGAUCUGACCAUAUGACAUUCUCCCAAUCCUCUUCUGGAUCAUCCAAAUGCACUCUAGCAAACUUCAGACGGGCCUGGACAUGUACUGGCUUAAGCAGGGGGACACGUCUUGCACUGCAGGAUUUGAGUCCCUGGCGGCGUAGUGUGUUACUGAUGGUAGGCUUUGUUACUUUGGUCCCAGCUCUCUGCAGGUCAUUCACUAGGUCCCCCCGUGUGGUUCUGGGAUGUUUGCUCACCGUUCUUAUGAUCAUUUUGACCCCACGGGGUGAGAUCUUGCGUGGAGCCCCAGAUCGAGGGAGAUUAUCAGUGGUCUUGUAUGUCUUCCAUUUCCUAAUAAUUGCUCCCACAGUUGAUUUCUUCAAACCAAGCUGCUUACCUAUUGCAGAUUCAGUCUUCCCAGCCUGGUGCAGGUCUACAAUUUUGUUUCUGGUGUCCUUUGACAGCUCUUUGGUCUUGGCCAUAGUGGAGUUUGGAGUGUGACUGUUUGAGGUUGUGGACAGGUGUCUUUUAUACUGAUAACAAGUUCAAACAGGUGCCAUUAAUACAGGUAACGAGUGGAGGACAGAGGAGCCUCUUAAAGAAGAAGUUACAGGUCUGUGAGAGCCAGAAAUCUUGCUUGUUUGUAGGUGACCAAAUACUUAUUUUCCACCAUAAUUUGCAAAUAAAUUCAUUAAAAAUCCUACAAUGUGAUUUUCUGGAUUUUUUCCCCUCAAUUUGUCUGUCAUAGUUGACGUGUACCUAUGAUGAAAAUUACAGGCCUCUCUCAUCUUUUUAAGUGGGAGAACUUGCACAAUUGGUGGCUGACUAAAUACUUUUUUUCCCCACUGUAUCUAAUCACUGCUACCCACAUUGUUGAGACAGAACAAUGAAGUGAGCAUUUAGCUGAAGAGUAUUGCUUGUUUGAUUGAAGACCUGGAUUUGAUUUGAGCAGGUCUAGGUCUAUGUGCCUAUGUACAGUAUAUGGGUGUUUCCUAAUCAGCUUCAUUCUCUCUCUCUGAACUCUCUCUGUCGUCUACACAUCAUAAAGACAAGGGAAAUGGUGUUGUAUUUCAAAAGCUACUGAUUGCUUUUUAAUAUCACUGCCUAUGGCGGGGGGUUGCUCUUUUACUUGAAAUGUAAUUUCUUAUAAUGUGAUUUUUAAUCCAUCUGUCCAGCGGCUAUACUGAAUCGAUUCCUUCCUCGGCUCUUAUGGUUUAAUUGUUGUUUUGCGAGCGGCCAUUUUGUGACACUGUUCUUCUCGAACUCUGUUUCUUCUAGAUGUCUCUGUCUUGUGGGGGUAUUUUAAUAUAAUGAAACGGUUUUCAAGCCAUUGUGUAGAAGUAUGGAUGGACAGUUUAUCGUUGCGUCACGUCCUGAUAAUAAUCUCAGUAAUCGCAUACCCUCUUGUGUAUUAUUGCUGUAUUAUUUCUCCUACAGUAUGUAAUCCAUGAUGAAGAGGCAUUGUAGAGAUUGUACUGUGUCUCUUACUUCCAGUCAGGCAUCCAGGCAGAGAGAGGCAGGCCACAGCAACACUGGGCUUUGUGAUGAGAUGAGAUGAGAUUAGAUGACAGCACAGACACUGGAGAAGUGGGGUGACACAGAAAUAGACUGCUAGAUGGGAAUGUGAUGAUUGUCUACAGUAUUUGUGGAUUACAGUACCAGUGAAGAAGGAAAGGAUUAAACCUGGAACAGCUUCUCAGGAAAUCUUUAGAAUUCAUUGUCUAUCCUCUGUGUUGUUUUAAUACAGCCAUGUAGCAACACACACUCAUACAUACAGUGGGGGAAAAAAGUAUUUAGUCAGCCACCAAUUGUGCAAGUUCUCCCACUUAAAAAGAUGAGAGAGGCCUGUAAUUUUCAUCAUAGGUACACGUCAACUAUGACAGACAAAUUGAGGGGAAAAAAUCCAGAAAAUCACAUUGUAGGAUUUUUAAUGAAUUUAUUUGCAAAUUAUGGUGGAAAAUAAGUAUUUGGUCACCUACAAACAAGCAAGAUUUCUGGCUCUCACAGACCUGUAACUUCUUCUUUAAGAGGCUCCUCUGUCCUCCACUCGUUACCUGUAUUAAUGGCACCUGUUUGAACUUGUUAUCAGUAUAAAAGACACCUGUCCACAACCUCAAACAGUCACACUCCAAACUCCACUAUGGCCAAGACCAAAGAGCUGUCAAAGGACACCAGAAACAAAAUUGUAGACCUGCACCAGGCUGGGAAGACUGAAUCUGCAAUAGGUAAGCAGCUUGGUUUGAAGAAAUCAACUGUGGGAGCAAUUAUUAGGAAAUGGAAGACAUACAAGACCACUGAUAAUCUCCCUCGAUCUGGGGCUCCACGCAAGAUCUCACCCCGUGGGGUCAAAAUGAUCAUAAGAACGGUGAGCAAACAUCCCAGAACCACACGGGGGGACCUAGUGAAUGACCUGCAGAGAGCUGGGACCAAAGUAACAAAGCCUACCAUCAGUAACACACUACGCCGCCAGGGACUCAAAUCCUGCAGUGCAAGACGUGUCCCCCUGCUUAAGCCAGUACAUGUCCAGGCCCGUCUGAAGUUUGCUAGAGUGCAUUUGGAUGAUCCAGAAGAGGAUUGGGAGAAUGUCAUAUGGUCAGAUCAAACCAAAAUAAAAAAUUUUGGUAAAAACUCAACUCGUCGUGUUUGGAGGACAAAGAAUGCUGAGUUGCAUCCAAAGAACACCAUACCUACUGUGAAGCAUGGGAGUGUAAACAUCAUGCUUUGGGGCUGUUUUUCUGCAAAGGGACCAGGAUGACUGAUCCGUGUAAAGGAAAGAAUGAAUGGGGCCAUGUAUCGUGAGAUUUUGAGUGAAAACCUCCUUCCAUCAGCAAGGGCAUUGAAGAUGAAACGUGGCUGGAUCUUUCAGCAUGACAAUGAUCCCAAACACACCGCCCGGGCAACGAAGGAGUGGCUUCGUAAGAAGCAUUUCAAGGUCCUGGAGUGGCCUAGCCAGUCUCCAGAUCUCAACCCCAUAGAAAAUCUUUGGAGGGAGUUGAAAGUCCGUGUUGCCCAGCGACAGCCCCAAAACAUCACUGCUCUAGAGGAGAUCUGCAUGGAGGAAUGGGCCAAAAUACCAGCAACAGUGUGUGAAAACCUUGUGAAGACUUACAGAAAACGUUUGACCUGUGUCAUUGCCAACAAAGGGUAUAUAACAAAGUAUUGAGACACUUUUGUUAUUGACCAAAUACUUAUUUUCCACCAUAAUUUGCAAAUAAAUUCAUUAAAAAUCCUACAAUGUGAUUUUCUGGAUUUUUUUCCCUCAUUUUGUCUGUCAUAGUUGACGUGUACCUAUGAUGAAAAUUACAGGCCUCUCUCAUCUUUUUAAGUGGGAGAACUUGCACAAUUGGUGGCUGACUAAAUACUUUUUUUCCCCACUGUACACACAUUCGGAGAUAUACACCCGGUAAUGAACACAUGUAAAAACACUCUUAAUUGGUUAAUUGGAGAUAUAGGCUAAGAGGCCUGUCACGACUCACUACUUUGAGUUCAUAGUUCAUUGUGCGUGCGUGCGUGUGUUUGUUUGUGUGUUACUUUGUGUGUGUAUAUGUGUGUGCAUAUGUGUGUGCUUGCAUGUGUGUACAUGACUACAUGAGUGUGUGUGUGCAUGUGUGUUUCUGUGCGUGAGAGCUUUAGUAGAGUGUUCAGUAAUGCCCGUAUAAAGUAAUCAGUCUGACCAGUGAGGCGUAGAGAGAAAUAACCAGGGGUGAAAAUAUUCACAGCAAUUACAUUUAGGAAGCUAAAUAAACAACGCAAUUGAGACGCAAAGCAUCAAUAGGCACAUGAAGUGUCUCUAAUUAGACAUUUGCAUUAUUCAUUUAUAAGAAUACCAUCAUUAUUUAGCUUAAUGCACAUAAAUGAAGGAUUCAACAAUGUGAAUAAUAAGAUGAAGAAGGGAAAUAUAAUGUGUAUUCAUGCCAGUAUACAUACAGGUGCCUGGCCAAUAAGAAACGGACCUGCACUUAAGUUUUUCCAUGUAUCUCUCAUUUUAGUCAUUUUAGCAUACACUCUUAUCCAGAGCGACUAACAGGAGCAAUUACGGUAAAGUGCCUUGCUCAAGGGCACAUCGGCAGAUUUCACCUAGUCCGCUCUGGGAAUUGAACCAGGAACCUUUCGGUUACUGGCCCAACCUCUUAACCGCUAGUGCAACAGUGUCACGGCACUUUUCUGCACAGACUCAAGAUGAUAAGUAUAGGCUGUACUUAGAUUAAAACGAUGAUUAGAAGAAUGUUGGGAUGCAAUAGUGCCUUUGUUGACUUGAUUAUCCCACUCACUCUAUAUUGGUUAGGAUCCCCUAUAAGCUUGUUGUGUUCACAUAUAGUAGGAGCAGUGAUCAAUCAUUGUGGAAUAAAUCAGCCCUUAGUGACAUAUCCACUGAUGUGGUUGUGUAUCUUGUCUGGCCCAGCCCCCACACAUACCCCUUAGCCCUGAGAGAGACAGAGAGCUAGAGAGAGAUAGAGAGAGAGAGAGGGAACUGUGACUCACUCUGAAUGUAUGAGUGUAAGAAUGUGUGUGUGUGCAUUUGUAUCUGUGUGUGUAUUAUGUUACAGCGUGUGUUAAUUUGACUACUUUGCAGUCAGAUGACAGUACCACUGUACAAUAUGACGCUCAAAUGUGCCAAGUGCGGAGUUAUCUCGUCGGCUGACGUUUCUACCACAGCUACCAGUAACGCCAUGUUAGUCCUGCUAAUUAUUUACCCACAUAUUCUAUACUGCUUUCUCUACCUCUGUUUACUUUUCCUUGACAUGCCUCCUCUACUUCCUCCUCCUUCGCUUGUUUUUAUAUUUUCAUUAUUCCCCCCUUUUCAUUUCCUCUUAUCCCCUGUACCCUCGCUGAGAAUCACUGGGAAUUAGUUCUCCAGUGUUGUUGUUGGAAGAUAUGGUGUGUGUGUGUGUGUGUGUGUGUGUGUGUGGACGUGUUUAACUAUACUUGUGGGGACCAGAAGUCCCCACAAGAAUAGUAAACCAAGAAAAAUUUGACCAACUGUGGACAUUUUGUCUGUCCCCACAAGGUCAAAUGCUAUUUCUAGGAGGUUUAGGGUUAAGGUUAGAAUUAGUGUUAGAGUUAGAAUUAGGUUUAGGGUUAGGGUUAGGAGAUAGGGUUAGGUUUAGGGUUAGGGUUAAGGUUAGGUUUUUUGGGUUAAGGUUAGGGUUAGGGUCAGGGUUAGGUUAGGGGUAAGGGAAAAUAGGAUUUUGAAUGGGACUGAAUUGUAUGUCUCCAGAAGGUUAGCUGUGCAAGACUGUGUGUGUGUGUGUGUGAAGCACAGACAGCAGAAAAGCAGCUUUAAUAUAGGCCAGAGUAAAAGUGCAAGGCUCAGUGGCUUUCAGCUAUGUAAUGCCCCCAGGAUAUGGAUGGAUACAGUAACACUACAUCUGUAUCCGCAUGGAGGAGGUUUUCACGGGCAGUGCACUUAACUUAUCAAUUAGUGUGUCUGUGUGUGUGUGUGUGUGUGUGUGUGUGUGUGUGUGUGUGUGUGUGUGUGUGUGUGUGUGUGUGCGCAUUGGGUUUCUGUGGCCAGGCUUGAUGUGUCGCUAUAUUUUAUGUAAUGUGGUUUUCAGUGGGAGUGUGUCUGAAUGCUUUUUUUAAAUAACACCUAGAUACCUUUCAUUCAAUCAACUCAGGACAGAGUUAAAAAGUGCACAUGUAAAACAAAGAAUCUGAAGAGUUGAGGAGUUAGGGAAAGAAAUAAGAAUGUUGGUGAAGGAGAGAGAGAGAAAUUGUCCUGUAGGAACAUAUGGACCAGAAGAGAAGUCCUUGUCAACUGAAUCAUACCUUUGCCCUCUGCCUCUUGCGUUUGUCUUUAUAUUACGUUUCUUUGCUUCAUUUCACUUUAAACACCUCAGCUCCUCCUUUUCCUGUUGCUCUUGGUCUCAUAUGUUUUUUGACACAUCCUAAACAUACAUGCAUAUUGCAUAUGUCAGUUAUGGAACAUAUAUUUCAAUUGAUUAUGGAUGUAUGUUUUUGUGUGUGAUAUUAGCAUAUUUACGGUAGCUAGUGUAAGUAUAUUUAAAACAUCAAGCUAUGUACCUAUACCUUGUUAUAGGUAUAUUAUACUGUACAUAAUGCCAAUAAUUUCAACAACGAGGGCAACAUGCAGUACAUAGAUACAGUUUUUAGUAGUAGAGGCUGUAUGUAUUUCAUUUGAAAUACUUCUAUUGUAAUUAGAAAGAUAAAUGUAGUUUGUAGUAUCAUUUAAUCCCAUUUCAAACAAGUAAAUCAUGCAAAAUCGUAUUAAAUAGAGACAGUUCUUUUCCAGCAGUGUAGUCUUUCCUGUGUAUCUUCAACUGUGUAACUGACUGUAGUACUGACCCUGGCACUGGGCUGCUGUUCCCCUCCCAUCCUCCAGGGCAUCGCUGUGGAGCUCCUGUGUGGUUCUGCCUCUCCUCGCCCUCACCUGGAUGUCUGCUGUCCUGGCCAUCACCGACCGACGCUCCUCCCUCUUCCAGAUCCUGUUCGCUGUGUUUGAUUCGCUGGAAGGCUUCGUCAUCGUCAUGGUGCAUUGCAUCCUGCGCAGAGAGGUACGUCAUUCUUCACUCUGUUGUCACUCUGACACAUUUCACUUUGAUGAUACUCUGUCUCCUACUCUGUGUUUCUUUCUUUCUUCUUAUUAUUAUUAUUUUUUUAUUAAUUUUUUUAUUGGUUGUUUGUUGAGGCCCUGUGCUCCACUGGGAGCUAAAAGAAAAACGUUGAUUAAGUAAACUAAGUCAUUAGUUGUUUUGAGGGUGAUGUGGAAAGGAGGAUGAUGAACAGACAAACAACUGACUGUGACAUUGAAAGGUCAUGACCUCUGUGUUUAUUAUGGUGUAUUGUAGGUUCAAGAAGCAGUGAAGUGUCGGGUAGUUGACCGCCAGGAGGAUGGGAAUGGAGACUCAGGGGGAUCUUUCCAGAACGGACACGCUCAGCUUAUGGUAGUACGAAUGGAACAUAAUUUUUCAUCUAAAACAAUGUCUAAUAUACUUUAUGUGUAUUACAUGUACUUUGUUAACAAGUUUUCUAUUGUUUUGUUUCAUUAGACUGAUUUCGAGAAAGACGUCGACAUGGCUUGCAGAGGAGGUAAGAGUACCGGCAAAAAAAAGAGUGAGUUUAUGCAGUGUGUCCGUCUGUCCGUCUGUCUGCAUCUCUGUCUGUCUGACUCGAUACAAUUCUCUCUAUGCAUGUGGAGUUUUCUUUGAGUACUGUCAUUGAAAAGAUGCGUCUGCUUUACCCUCUCUGCUCCACGCGUAUUCUGUGUUAGCAGCACCCUCCCAUCCCACUCCUCUCCACCCGUUGUCAGACCACUGCCGUCACAGCAGCCGCCCCUUAUGAAGCGCAAAACACUGUUUUGACAUGAGAUGCACCACAUUACUGCAGCAUAACGCAAUUUAGCCCAGCCAUUUGGCAAUAGGGCGGUGGAGUGGGAACGAGUGCUGAGCAGUAAUAUGCGGAUAAAUAGGGCUGUCUGAGUCUCCCACAUCUUCCACCACAUCCACCGGCAGGCAGGCAGACCGUGUUAUAAUGAAGUACCGACCAACAGUGUGGUAUCAGAUAGAGGCUCUCCUCUGAUAUCCGUUGGGAGCGAACGGGAAUCUGAUUAUCUCCCGAGACAGGAUAUCAGGAAAAGCAUCUGGAGCAGAAAUGCUAUUUUUCUUUGUGUGAGUGUGUGUGGCGCUUGCAACGCCAGGGUUGUGGGUUCGUUUCCCAUGGGGGGCCAGUAUGAAAAUGUAUGCACUCACUAACUGUAAGUCGCUCUGGAUAAGAGCGUCUGCUAAAUGACUAAAAUGUAAAUGUAAGAUAUUUUGUCAUGCUGACAGGAUGUUGUCUGAUGCUGUUUUCCAGUCCUGUGCUCAAUAGUGAGAUGCACACCACAGCAAGUCAACAGAUACAGUGAAACAGGGUCAGGACAUAAUCUUCAAGCUAAUGAUCAGAAGUUCAAGGCAGUGUAGUCACUAGUUAAAUCAACAGUGGGAAGGUUUGCAUGCCCAAUCUGAGUGGACAACGUGUGAGAGUCCCACUCUCGUGUAUCCUGAGGGUGAUAAUCUAAAGCUCUCUAUAGAAAGAAUAGGGAAAAAUAGCGUGGAUAAUAAAGAAAGAGCGAAUAAAGAGAGGGUAGAUAAAGAAGAGAAGAGAAAGAAAGAAAGAAAGAGAGAAAGAAAGCGAGAAAGGAAAGGAGAGAAAGAAGGAAAGGAGAAGAGAGCGAAAGAAAGAAGAGAGAAAAAAGAGAUACAGAAAGAGAGAAGAAGAAAAAGAAAAGAAAAGAAAGCGGAUAAAAAAAAUAAAAAGGGAAAAAGGAAAAAGGCCCGACAGGGGAGAAAACCCAAGGGGGCCGGAAAACCCCCACCCCCGGGCGUUCCCCCUCCCCCCCCUUUCUGACCCCCUUUUUAGAGGGCGCCCCCCCCCAAGGGAGAAAACCCUCAAAUUAGACGACCCCGGGCAAAAUAUCCUUCGCUUUCUUCUCAGCUCUACGCGCCGCGAUUUUUUUCUCAAAAAAAAAAAAAGGGGGGGGGGGUUUAAAAUUAUGAGAAAAUUGUCUCUCUCCUUCUCCCUUUCUCUCUUCCUCUUCCUCCCUCCCUUCCCCCCCCGGGGAUACUCUGAAGCGCUCCUCUCUCCAGGGGGGGGGGUUGAGAAGCCGUCCCCCCCAGCCCUAAACCCUUCAAAAGGGGGCUCUAAUUUUAAACCACCAUGCCUUCCCCCAGAAGGGCCCAAAGGGUCCACCCCCCGGAAUGUGGCAAAUUCCCCCACCCAACCCUCACGCUGCGCAGGGAGAAGGGUGGCGCCACCAAGGGCAUCAGCACCGAGCUGCCGGGAGCAAAGUCCAUCUACAUCUGUGACGGGGAGCUCUUUAAACAGCUCGACGGGGAGCUGUCUCCACAGGGGACAGGGGAGGCCGGGGGGCCUGAGGGCACAGGAACAGGCCCGGGACAAGGGUACAUCAUCCUGCCUAACAACAACAACACUGGCACCCUGGGGCGGCCCGGAAAGGGCAGCAAGGAGGACACGACGGCCAAGUACAACAUCAGCAUGGAGCAGCAGAUGCCCCAGACCAGGCUCAUCCACCUGGCCAGCUCGGUGGGGGUGGAGGGCGUGCCGGGUUUUGCGCUGAAGAGCCUGCCAUCGGACCUGGUCAGUGUGUCCUGCUCGGAGAGGGAGUCGCCCAUCCACAACAUGCAGACGUCUCCGGAGAAUCCCACAUGACUAACAGCAUGUGUGAACAGGGUGAUUCUGGGAACUCUGGUGUGAUGUCCAAGAGCGAGACCGUGUCCACGCUCUCCAUGAGCUCCCUGGAGGUAAGACACACACACACAUAGACACACAUACAAACACACACAACCCCAUGUCCUCACCACAUGACUUGGGGAGGGAGAUGGGACAGAUUGGCUUUAUGUUCCUUGAUCAAAGAAAAUAUCAGAAACCAACCAGUGCCCUUUACUGUCAGUAUGUGGUGGUAUUGUAUUCAAGGCAUAGGGUUUCUGUUGAGAUAUCUUUAUAGUCGUAUCCUUUUCUGUGUAGUAACAGCACUGUAGUGGCAACAAGUACAGAAAUAGCCCUACCUUGCCUGGCUCGACAGAACACUAAGAUCUUUAAAAAGGUCAGAUUUGAGUAUUCUCUCAUUGACAAUGUGCCAGCUCAGUGGGGGAGCUCAAACUCAGACUGCUACACUGACCAGCACACACACACGCGCAGCUAGCUGUGCCAAGCCAGCCAGUCAGACAGACAGACAGACUUCUCAGCCUGCUGGUGUCUUUUCACCUCAGGGCCAAACUCGCUCCCCUCCCAAAAUGCUGUGCGUGCAAGGUCACAGCUGCCAGGGCAACCAACAACCAACCAGCCUGAAGGUCUUCUUUCUCUGCUCGCUGACAAAGGUCACUCGGUCACAAGCUGUUUACUGCAAGGAUUCACGCCAAUGGGGUCAGGAUGAACCAACAUGGACGCUCAGUUUCUCAUGAGUCACUGUUACCACUGAGAAACUGUCUCAGUCAUUUUUACUGAUUUGAAACUAACAGUGAAACAGAGUGAAAUGCUGAGGAAGACAUCACCAUUUUGUCUAGUCAGACUCACACAGCAUAUCAUUUAGAUGAUAGUAGAAUGUAUCUUUUAAUCUUUCCCUCUUGUCUUUAUCCAGAGACGAAAAUCCCGCUACGCGGAGCUCGACUUUGAGGUAAUUUCAGACUUCUGGACUGCAUUUCUUCUCACAUAAUGUCUUGCUGGUUUGACAAACUGUCUCUAAUGUCUCAAUUCUGCUUCCAAAAACCCCCUAGAAUUUACAUAAUCCCCUUUUCUUUAUAAUUAUGGUGCAUGGGACUGCAUAGCAGAUGAUAUACAGUACUGUAUCUAAGCUUUGUAGACGUCUGUGGUGGAUGGUAGCUAAAUUCAUGAUUUUUCUAUAAUGGGUGUUUUCUAUGCGUUUGGUCCAUGUAGAAGCUCUUGCACAAGUUAUGUUGUUGUUUAAGGUUGAUGGAUGUUUUUCUCUGGUCACACUAAAGUGGCACCAUGGUGUGGUUUUUUAAAACACACGUUUGUGAAGCUUUUUAUAGAGGGUUGAUGGGGGUAAAUGGAGGGUUUAAUUUUUCCCUUUGGGGGUUUUGUUUUGUCCCAGUAGAAAAAAUCAUGCACCCGCGGGGGGAAAGGGGUAAAACCGGGGACAUUUUCCGGGACCUGACAAGGAAGAAAAAGGGGGCAAAAAAGGGAAAAGGGGGGGUUGGGUGGGGGGAGGGGGGGGAAGGGGCCAGGGAAAAAGGGGGGAAAGGGGUGGCCCUUAAACUGGCAGCGAAAAGCCCAAUAAUUUAAAGCGUACGACACUCUGUCUCUCCCUUUACUUUCCCUCGGGUCUAUUAAACCUCUUGUUUCCUUUCUAAAACCCUCUUUUUUUUUUUUGAACUUUCUUUUCCAGUUGUCUCUCCCAACUUUUUUUUAGACUCUCCCAUAAAAGGAAAGAUCCUUUUUCUUUCUUUGUUUUCAAAUUUAUAGUUAUCUCUAUCUGGGGGGCUCUCUAUGCUGUUCUCUCUCUCUCUCUCUUAUCUCUCUCUCUCUUCUCUCUCUCCUCUCUCUCCUCUCUCUCUCUCUCUCUCUCUCUCUCUCUCUCUCUCUCUCUAUUUCUCUCUCCUUCUUUCUAUAAUUGACCCCCAAAAUGCAUGUCAAUGCCUCAAUAUCACAUUUCUUGCCCUUUGAUGAUUUAGUUUGUUCUCUGGUUGACCUAUUCUCCUCUCCUGUCCCUCCCUCUAUCCAACAGGACAAGCAGCAGACACCCAGUAAGAGAGCCUGGGAGGGCAUCAGGAAGACCCACUCUCCCCCGUCGUGGAUGAGGAAGGACCUGGAGCCCUUGGCAGCCUCUCCCCUGGAGCUGCAGAACGUGGAGUGGGAGAAGGCCAGCGCCACCAUCCCUCUGGUGGGACAGGAGAUCAUGGACCUGCAGACAGAGGUGUGAGACUGAGACAGAGAGACAGACCGAGAGAGAGACAGAGAGCAGCCAACCUCGUCCCCCAGCCCAGCUCUCAGACAUACAGGCAUCUUCCCUUCCCACAGCUCCACAUCUCAAUCUCACUCUGGGAACCAACGACCAACGAUCAAUGACCCAACGAAACGGGCAGGGGUGGAGAGAGAGAGAGAGGAGAGAGAGAGGAGAGAGAGAGAGAGAGAGGAGAGAGAGAGAGAGAGAGAGAGAGAGAGAGAGAUUUCCAAAUGA